AUGCUGCCGUCGCAGGAGGCCUCGAAGCUGUACCAUGACAACUACAUGCGGAACUCGCGGGCCAUCGGCGUGCUGUGGGCCAUCUUCACCAUCUGCUUCGCCAUCAUCAACGUGGUGGUCUUCAUCCAGCCCUACUGGAUCGGCGACAGCGUCAGCACGCCCAAGCCGGGCUACUUCGGCCUCUUCCACUACUGCGUGGGCAACGAGGGCAACAACCGCGAGCUCACCUGCCACGGCUCCUUCGCCGACUUCCGCAGCAUCCCCUCGCGCGCCUUCAAGGCCGCCUCCUUCUUCGUGCUGCUCUCCAUGGUGCUGAUCCUGGGCUGCAUCACCUGCUUCUCGCUCUUCUUCUUCUGCAACACGGCCACGGUCUACAAGAUCUGCGCCUGGAUGCAGCUGCUGGCAGGUAAGGGGGGAAGCGGGGCCUCGGGGGACCCCUCCCCACCCAUACACAACUCUCUCUGCCCCCACUACACACCCCCUCCCCAAAGGACCUUCCUCACCCCCCACACAAGCCAACCCAAAUUCCAAAGGAGGGAGGGGAAGAUGUCAAGAUGGGGAAGAGUGGGGCGCUUGCCCCCCAACUAGGAUGGAACAGUGGGCAGAAUUGGGAUAACCAGAAGUUUCUGUGUCCGGGUCGUUUGGCUAAAUGGUGAUGAACCUGCUUUUAAGUGGGCUGCAUGGGAGGAAGACACACAGCGAGUUAGGCUAUUUUGGAACAUUUAGUUGUUGCAGUCUUGUGCCGUAAAGGGAUACCCGUUUUCCCGGGGCAGGAGGAGGCCAACAGAACCAGGCUUGAAAGCUCCUUUCCACUGGUUUGAUGAGACUGAAGGUUUGAUGAGACCCACUUUAAGCCAAUGUGGUGACCUCCACACAUUUUGGGACUCCCAUCAGCCCCAGUCGGCAUGGCGGUUGGGUCAGGCAUGAGUGAGAGUUGUAGUUCAACAACAUUUGCAGGGUGCCAUAUUGGAAUGGAAACUCUAGGGCCUAGAAAGACUUGCUAGCCUAGGCUCCAGAGUGCCCUGGUAAGUACUGGAAGAUAAGUGUUUCACUAAGCUUGUGGAAUGUCUCUGGCUCUUGUGAGGUUGGGUGUAUGUAUGUGUGUGUAUACACACCACAGUAUGUAUAGUAAUCUGCCUGUCGGUGCUUCUCAACGAAGUGUGAUAUGUGAAUCUUGAUGUAAUUUCCUCUGGGGUUAGGCUGAAAUAAAGGACAACGCUCUGACAUGCCUUUCCCUUUUCUCAGCGUUCAGAUAAAUUACUGGGAGCUCUUUUAAAGCUUAAACAGGAAAUUCCUUCAUCUUUAAUUUUAAAUGUAUCCAAAGAUGUAUUGAUUUAAAACCAGCUCAGAGACUAAAUCCUCACCGCAGGGAGCUGGGGAAAUAAUUCUCAGGAUUGGUCAAGGAUCUUGCUGCCUCCGUGGCCCUGUCCAGGGUGCUGAAGGCAUCAAGAGGCACUGACUGCACUGUGCAGAAUGUUGCUCGUUUGGUUGCAAUGGCUAGGAAGGCUAGGAGACAAGGAUCAUAACCAAAAGGCAUGGGCCCAGAUUUCUGGACUUUAGGUCAGAUAAUGCAGACCUGGAGACAGGUGUAAAUGACCAUGUAAGGGCUGCUCAAGUAGGAUCUGAAAGUCACUAUCCUGAAUUAAGGGGGGGAUCUCGGCAGGUGUAUAACAAAAAGGGUCAAGAAGGGUGCACAUCUCUUUUACAAAUAGGUGCAAGAAGGCUACCCCCUCCAUUGUAAAAGCAUUUUAAAGUUUAAGCUCUGGACUAAGUCGCAGGGACCAGCCUAAGGCUGGAAGACCUGAAUUUGAAAUGAGCCAAGAUGCCUAGCUGAGCACUGAAGGAAGAGGUGAUGAGUGAAUGUCUGAUUAGCAGGAAGGAUGUCUGUCUAAAAAGUGCAACUAGGCCUGGUUGGGUCAGUAAUAAGGUUUUUGUUGUUGUUGUUGUUGUUAAGGAUGGGAAUGGGGGGCAAAGGUGUUCAGGGUGCCUCUUCCUCGUGAUAGACCACAUUUUAAAUGAUGGGGGUCAGGAUAUGCUGUAGCCUCCCCAGCAAAGCACAGAGAUCCCAGCAAAGUUUCAAUUGCACUGCUAUGAAGGAGGUGUGGGUCGGCAGAGAAGCAAAGGUGGUUUUGGGUCAAUCAGGUGGGCUACUAGAGACCCAUAGAAGUCUAUACAAUCCACCCUCUGCUCUGCUUCAGGCUUUCCCAACCCAAGGCCACCCCCUCUGGAUGUUGCUGGACUACAACUCCCAUCAUCCCUAACCACUUGCCUUUCUGGCUGGGGCUGAUGGGAGAUGUAGUCCACAACAUCUGGAGGGCACCAGGUUGGAGAAGGCUCCUCAAUUUGUACACAGGCAGGGAAGCAAUUGCCUUUCCCUCUGCACUAGAUAUGGCCAGGGGACGUGAUGUUUGAAGGUAUGGCAUUAUUAUGUUUAGAUGUUUUUAAUGUUUUUAUCUUGAUAUUUUAUUUAAUGAGCUGGUGGUUCAUAAAUAUUCUUAUAAAUAUAAAUUUAAAAAAGUAUCUAAGGUUAUUGCUGGAACAUAUCCACCACUUCCAUGGAUAUCAAAGGCUCUAGAACAUUGUCCCUCCCUGUCUCCUCCCUUGGCUGCUGUUUUGUACAGCUCAGAUAUGGGGGAAGCUCUGUGGCCCUCCAGAUGUUUUCGGACUACAACUCCCAUCAGGCCUGACCACUGGCUGUGCUGUCUGGGGCUAACAGGGGAUUGGAAGUCAGCAGCAUCUGGAGGGCUGUCCACGUUCUCCAUCCCUGAUGUAGCGAAAAGCCCACAAUGCAGUUCCUGCAAACCCUUCUUAAGGCAAUAUCACCAUUGUCCUGCACUGUCGUGGGUCGGACUAGAUGACCCUUGGGGGACCCUUCCAACUCUGCUAUUCUGUGAUCAUGCAAUGAGAGGCUUGGUCUGGCAAUGAGACUGGAGGCCCCGAAAAGUGAGGUGAGCCCAGGUUGGUGCUCUCAACAUGGCAAACCUAGAUGCCUUGUCCUUGGUGGGCGGGAAAGGGUUACAGCACGGCCAAGUUUCCAGAUAAGGGCAUUCCACUCCCAAGCAGCACUUGGCAUAGCAGAUCGUAUGUAACCCUUCCCCACCUCCAUGGAUCCUUGCCAGAUUCCUUCAGUAGAUUCUACCCACAAACCAACAGCACCGUUCCCUAGCCAUUGUAGUGGAGAGUCAAGAAUAAGACACUACUGAGUGGAAACUGCUUGAUUCAGCUGCCAAAGAAUUAGCAGAGCACAUAAGGAGCAGAAGAGGCUGCAGUUUGGAGAGCCACGGAGGUGGUGUAAGGAUGGCAGUGGCAGGAGUGGAAUUUUCAGCAGAUAAAAGCUGUUUUCGGCCCAUUAACAGUCUUGUUCUAGCUAAUUGAUGGAUUAAUGAGCCAGUGGUGGUUCAUAAAACAGUUUUACAAUGGAGGCUUUAUUUAUCAAAGGUAGCAUUUUAUCUUGGCUAGGUAACACAGUCGAUUUAUUUAUUUAUUUGUGUAUUGAAAGGUGACGAGAUGUUCUCCGCUUGAGCGCGUUACUUACCUGACCCGAGUGCCUUAAUCUGAACUGGGAAACGCUGGAGCCCAGAUUGUUCGCAAUAAUGCCAGAGGCUCCAAACAACUGUUUCACAAAGCCCUGUUCUGUUUACAAUGAAUUAGUCCACUGAACAGGGCUGAUUUAAUUGAUUUAUCAGUUCAUCAUCUAGCUAAAUCAGCAAGCAUGCACAACCUGAGCAUGGUGGUGGUUGAGAAUUUGUGUAGCCCAUUCAAGCGGAUGCAUAAAUGAAGACACGGCCGGGGUAAUCUGGCUGUGGAAAUGACCACACAAAGCACAAACAUCAGCGCACAUCAGGUUAAGGAAUGGGACAGAUCAAGUUGGUGGACAGCGGAGACAAAAUGUUGAUCCUUUUCGAAUUCUGCACCAAUUAUAUGCAUUCCAGUAUAAGGCUGCCCAGGUGUCAUAAACAAAGUAAUAUACAGUGGUACCUUGGGUUAAGUACUUAAUUCGUUCCGGAGGUCCGUACUUAACCUGAAACUGUUCUUAACCUGAAGCACCACUUUAGCUAAUGGGGCCUCCUGCUGCCGCUGCGCCGCCGGAGCGCAAUUUCUGUUCUCCUCCUGAAGCAAAGUUCUUAACCUGAAGCGCUAUUUCUGGGUUAGCGGAGUCUGUAACCUGAAGCAUAUGUAAUCUGAAGCGUAUGUAACCUGAGGUACCACUGUAUGUGGGUGAACCUGCAUGAAUAACUGGUUUGUUUGUCAAAAAAUAAAGUUUUCCCCAAAAUAAAGUUAAUGAUUCUCCCCCCCAGCCACCCCCUGCCCUCUGGUUACCCAGGGGGAAAUGGACAGAUGGGGUUGAAAACUUCACCUGCCCAACCGCUUGCUUUAUUCUAAAAGCAGACCUUCAAGAAAAGCGGCUCACCAGAGAGUUGUGUUUAUUUUUAUUCCGGGAUCAGUAUUUGAGAAACUACAGAAACUUGAAUAAUUCCUCCUGCCACUCACCCACCCCAUCCAACAAAUAAUAGGAGGAGAGGUAUACAGGCAACUGCCCAUUUACACAUGUUCAAUAUGCGCACAACUAGUAAAUGUGCAUUACACCAAGCCCAGAAGUGAAUUUUAAAAAUCACCAAAACAUCUCCAGAAGAGCACAGAAAAGUCUGAAAAGGCACGAAAACAGCGCCUAGCAAUCCCAUAGCCCAGGGGUCAGCAAUCUUUUUCAGCCGUAGGCUGGACCACCGUCCCUCAGACCAUGUGGGGGGCCAGGCUGUAUUUUUUGGGGGGGGAAUGAAUGAAUUCCUGUGCCCCACAAAUAACCCAGAGAUCCGUUUUAAAUAAAAGGACACAUUCUACUCAUGUAAAAACAUGCUGAUUCCCGGACCAUCCGCUGGGCGGAUUGAGAAGGCAAUUGGGCCGCAUCCGGUCCCCGGGCCUUAGUUUGCCUACCCCUGCCAUAGCCUUUGCCAUUGCAAUCCCAAGAGCCUUUGCACUGACCGUUGAGGCCUGUGGUGUGUUGGAGUUUGAGGAAGGAGGUUGUGCGAGAGAGUUGGGUGUCAGGUAAGUACUGGUGGUUUUUUAAAGGUUUUCCAGAGAUUUAAAGGGUAUCUGCAGGAUUUUCUAAUGGGUGCUUCAAUGAUACACGAUUCCACGUAUGCGCCUGGUGCCUUGGAACGUAAGCCCUGCAUAAACGGGUAGCUGACUGUAUUAGUAGGGAUGCAGGUGGCACUGUGGGUUAAACCACAGAGCCUAGGAAUUGCCAAUCAGAAGGUCGGUGGUUCAAAUCCCCGUGACGGAGUGAGCUCCCGUUGCUUGGUCCCUGCUCCUGCCAACCUAGCAGUUUGAAAGCACCUCAAAGUGCAAGUAGAUAAAUAGACACCACUCCGGUGGGAAGGUAAACGGCAUUUCUGUGCGCUGCUCUGGUUUCGCCAGAAGCGGCUUAGUCAUGCUGGCCACAUGACCCGGAAAAACUGUCUGUGGACAAACAGCAGCUCCCUCAGCCUGUAAAGCGAGAUGAGCGCCGCAACCCCAGAGUCGUUCACGACUUGACUUAAUUGUCAGGCCUGUAUUAGUAAAUGAGAAUUAGCAGACAAAUAAAGGAACCAGUCUGGAGGCUAAUCAGCUUAUGGAGAAAACUCCAACUCUGCCUCCCCCUCAUAGUUAGUACCUUUCCUGGGUGUUUCCUAGUUGUACCUUUUCUGCAUGUUCCAGGUGUAUCAUGAGGCCUAGAAACUUCCCCCUCUUCAAAGGAAGUAAACUAGGAACUGCGGGAGGUGAUGGUCCCUGCCAAUUGCAUUUGCGGGGGUCACUGUGCUAUAGAGAGAAAGAAAGAGGGAAUCCAGCCAAGCUGAAAGAUCCUCAUCCUGCUCCACCAGAUUAUUUAUUUAUUAUAUUUGCUAUAGUUAUACUCCCCUUGUUGUCCAACAUUGGCUCCCAAAGAAGCUUACAUUUAAAAUCCCAUCACAAGAUGCAAUUUAAGGAAACAUUUGCCUGCGUUCAUAGUGAGGGACGGGGAAAUGUGAGGUUUGUAUCUCACUGUUCUGGCUUUUGGAUGUGGGUGGCGCUGUGGGUUAAACCACAGAGCCUAGGACUUGCUGAUCAGAAGGUUGGCGGUUCGAAUCCCUGCGACUGGGUGAGCUCCCGUUGCUCGGUCCUAGCUCCUGCCAACCUAGCAGUUCGAAAGCACGUCAAAGUGUAAGUAGAUAAAUAGGUACUGCUCCGGCGGGAAGGUAAACGGCGUUUCCGUGCGCUGCUCUGGUUUGCCAGAAGCGGCUUAGCCAUGCUGGCCACAUGACCCAGAAACAAACUGUCUGCGGACAAACGCCGGCUCCUCGGCCUAUAGAGCAAGAUGAGCACCACAACCCCAGAGUCGUUCGGGACUGGAUCUAACAGUCAGGGGUCCCUUUACCUUUACCUUUACUAUUCUGCCUUUGCGUUCUUCUCCGUUCCAUUGUUGUGUUGUUCUUGCCACAGCCUCUCCUGGCUAGUUCCUUCCUGCAUUGUAACCAAAUCCAACCGCUGCACCUUCACAACACAAAGCUCUGCGGUCAGUAUAUUGAGAGAGGCAGAGAGAUGGUCAGCUCUGUUUUCUUCUCCGCAAUGAAAGGACUUCUACCAUACAGCUCAGCAUCAGUUGGGGCCUGGAAACUGAGGGCGUUGGCUGCAUGAGAGAUGGUGGGGGGCAAAGGGAUUGUCUUAGAUGUUAAGUCUCCUAUCUCACCCACUCCCCGUCUUCCCAGUCACUAGUGGCUGCUGGGCCCUGCAGUGUCCCAGCCCAGUGAGAAAGGCUUUCUUCAAUGAAGCUGAAUGUUGGAAAAGUCAAGACAGACUAAGAAAGCACUUCUUCAUAGACAGAAUCAUAGAAUUGUGGAGUUGGAAGGAACCACGACAGUCAUUUAGUCCAACUCCCUGCAAUGCAGGAUUCUUUUUGUCCAAUGUGGGGCUCAAACCCACAACCCUGAGAUCUAGAGUCUCACGCUCUACUGACUGAGCUGUCACGCAGUGCAUAGUUGAAGUAUGGAAUCUGCUUCCUGAAGAUAUAGUGAUGGCCACCAACUUGGAUGGCUUAAAAAAAAAACCACAACCAGACAAAUUCACAGAGAACAAGGCUAUCAGUGAUUAGUAGCCACUUUGGCUAGCUGUGCACUGCCAGAGGAGAUAUGAUUUUUGUUGUUUAGUCGUGUCCAACUCUUUGUGACCCCAUGGACCAGAGCACGCCAGGCACUCCUGUCUUCCACUGCCUCCUGCAGUUUGGUCAAACUCAUGCUGGUAGCUUCGAGAACACCGUCCAACCAUCUCGUCCUCUGUCGUCUCCUUCUCCUUGUGCCCUCCAUCUUUUCCAGCAUCAGGGUCUUUUCCAGGGAGUCUUCUCUUCUCAUGAGGUGGCCAAAGUCUUGGAGCCUCAGCUUCAGGAUCUGUCCUUCCAGUGAGCACUCAGGGCUGAUUUCCUUCAGAAUGGAGAGGUUUGAUCUUCUUGCAGUCCAUGGGACUCUCAAGAGUCUCCUCCAGCACCAUAAUUCAAAAGCAUCGAUUCUUCGGCGAUCGGCCUUCUUUAUGGUCCAGCUCUCACUUCCAUACAUCACUACUGGGAAAACCAUAGCUUUAACUAUACAGACCUUUGUUGGUAAGGUGAUGUCUCUGCUUUUUAGCCAUCUUCAAAUAUCUAAAGGGCUGUUGCAUGGAAGGUGGAACAAGCUUGUUUUCACCUGCUCUGGAGGGUAGGACCCGAACCAAUGGAUUCAAACUGCAGACAGGAGAUUCUGACUAAAUACCAGGAAGACCUUUUUGAUGCUAAGAGCUUUUUGGCAGUGGAACGGACUCUCUGGGAAGGUGGUGGACUCUCCUUCAUUUUUUAAACAGAGGUUGGAUGGCCAUCUGUCAUGGAUGCUUUAGCAGUGACUCCUGCCUUGCAGGGGGUUGGACUAGAUGACCCUUGGGGUCCCUUCCAACUCCAUGAUUCUGUUAUUCCCCCCAACAAAACAAAACAAAUGGGCACCACUCCCUAGGAGAGAUAUAGGCACUGUGAAUAUGGAGAGCGCAAAGAGUUGGAGUAUUUAGGUUAAAGCAAGGCUUGCAUUUCUCCCCUUCCUUUCCUAGGAUAGGCAAGAGGGUUUGUGUUGUAAACAAUGCCUGUCCUUAGAUGGAAACGAGAAAUAAAGGAGUAUGCUUUGAAGCAAAGGGGAGCUAGAAGCAGUUUCAAGCGAGUUCAAGGCCAUUUCACACUAGAGCCGAAGAACAGGCAUCCCAGGGUUGAGUGCAGUCUCAACCUGAGAAGACAACGUCUCUGUUUGGAAACACUUUAAGUCUUCGGCGUCUAAUUAGUGGCUAACAAAUCAGCGAAGGCUCUAAUUAGGGCUUCCCAGAAAACUCCAGCUUAAGAGGCACUGCCUCCCCCCCCGCACCCCCCAGGAAGUGGGAUCUAAUUAGGAGAAAAGAUGCUCCUGUUAUUCCAAACAGAAAAAGACCAGCCAUCUGCCCUGCUGAAAACCCCAGUAACUCAGAACCACAGAGUGUGGGUUUUUCUCUUCUUCUUCUUCUUCUUCUUCUUCUUCUUCUUCUUCUUCUUCUUCAAAUUCUCCCUAUUCUAAAACCAGCCACUGUGACGUGUUCCAGGAAGGAGGAAAAAUAAUCAUAAUAAUCAGGUGGAUGGGUGACUGUGCUCAAAGCUCACCCCAAAGUUUUGAGUCCAGUGCUGGCUGGUCCAUUAGGGCAAGUGGGGCAGUAAGCUCAGUCUGUCCCUGACUGGCCCUCCUAACAGAUGACCAGCUUUGUGGGUGGCAUGGGCAGUCAACCUCCUCCUUGGUCUUGCCUUUGUAGAACUCAGCAAGGAGGGAAAUGGAGUCAAAUGCAGGAUUAGUUUAUCACCAUCACCAUUUUUAAUUUGUAUACCGUCUUUCUAUCUUACAACACUCAAGGCAGUUUACAAGCUGAAGAAACAAAAAACGUACAUCUUAUAACAAUCUAACGCAAUACAAAAAUGUGAUAAUAAAGCAUAACUUUAAAAUAGGCAACCUACAUAAAAAGUAACAUUCAACAAUCAUUAGAAUAAUAUUAAAUAAUAAUAAUAAUAACAUAUAAAAGUUAAAAGGGAAGCGGGUGGCGCUGUGGGUUAAACCACAGAGCCUAGGACUUGCUGAUCAGAAGGUCGGCGGUUUGAAUCCCCAUGACAGGGUGAGCUCCCGUUGCUCGGUCCCUGCUCCUGCCAACCUAGCAGUUCGAAAGCACGUCAAAGUGCAAGUAGAUGAAUAGGUACCGCUCCGGCGGGAAGGUAAACGGCGUUUCUGUGCGCUGCUCUGAUUUGCCAGAAGCGGCUUAGUCAUGCUGGCCACAUGACCCGGAAGCUGUACGCCGGCUCCCUCGGCCAAUAAAGCGAGAUGAGUGUCGCAACCCCAGAGUCGUCCGCGACUGGACCUAAUGGUCAGGGGUCCCUUUACCUUUACCUAUAAAAGUUAAACAGAAAUCCACUCAACAGUUACAAUAAAUAAUUUCUAAACUAUAGUCAAUAAAACAACGGCAAGCCACAGUACAUAAAAUAAUGCAAUACAAAAUGAGAAGCAGAGACUAGAGGGUGGGGCAAGGCAGGUAUAAGGAGGCCUUACCUGAUGAAGUCUCUCCCCUCACAGUUCUUCCUUUAGGACCAGCUCCCUUAUGAGGACUCCGGUUUGUAUGGGCUGGCCUUCAGUGUUAUUCUUUGGAGGCUCACGCCCAGCCUCAGUAGAAGUAAUUGGCUAUGGCUCCCCCUACUGUUGGCCUCCCGGCCUUCCGCCCUAUCAGCCCCAGGAGGAACCAGCCUCCGCUGCCUGAGUCUCCCUGGAGUAAUCAGUCGGGGAACCCAAGGCGAGAGUCUUCAAGGAGGCUGUGCACGCUUGAAUCUUCUUUCCCCCUGCCUCUUCCUUCGCAGAUGGUGCUUGUCAUCUUUAAUUGUGAGCCAUUUGGGACAAAUGCAUCGGCGUAGCAGGUGCUGGCAGAGGAAGCAGCCAGAGGGGCUGAAGGAGGAGCUGGGUGUAAACCGCAGGCAAAUGCACACCAUCAUCAUACACCUUGGCAGGGGAAAAUGUGGCCAAUGCAUUUAGAUAGCUGGGAAGCUACUCAGGUGCUGGGGCUCCAGCUUGCUCAGUGUGGUGUAUUGGUUAGAGUGUUCGACUAGGACCUGGGAGACCAGGGUUCAAAUCCCCGCUCGGCCAUGAAGCUUGCUGGGUGACCUGUUAUUGCUCAUGAGCUCUCUAGGUGACCUUGGGCCAGUCACUGCCUCUCAGCCUAACCUACCUCACAAGGUUGUUGUAGGGGUUGAAUGAGGAGGGAGCGAACCAUGUAUGGCACCUUGAGCUCCUUGGAAGAAAGGUGGGAUAUAAAUGCAAUAGAUAUACCACACCCCUGUCAUUUGGGAAGCCCCUUGCCUCUUCUCCUUUGACGAUCACUCAUAGCCGAGUAAGAUUGUCUUCCAUGAACAGUCUUAACAGUCAGUCUGUGAGUGACUAUGCAGGCCAAUUCUGGAUCCACACGACCUUCCACAGUGGGGCCAUAGGUUUCCGGGCAGGAGUUGCUCAUAGUGUGGAUUUACCAAAUGUGCCUUCCUCUUAGCAUAUUUCUCCAUUUCAUCCUAAGUUCGAGCGUCUUCAAAGUCCAUGACACCUUUGGUAAAGGUUGUACUCCAGUUGGAGCGCUUGCAGGCCACUGUUUCUCAGCUGUCGGUGUUUAUACUACAUUUUUUAGAUUUGCGUUAAGAGAGUCUUUUUUAAAAGAUUUGCCUUGAGACAGUCUUUAAACCUUUUUUGUUGACCACCAGCACUACGCUUUCCAUUUUUAAGUUCGGAAUAGAGUAGUUGGUUUGGAAGACAAUAAUCAGGCAUCCGAACAACAUGACCAGUCCAACGAAGUUGAUGUUGAAGAACCAUUGCUUUGACACUGGUGAUCUUUCCUUCUUCCAGUAUACUGGCAUUUGUUUGCCUGUCUUCCCAAGUAAUGUGUAACAUUUUUCGGAGACACCGUUGAUGGAAUCUUUCGAGGAGUUGGAGAUGGCGUUUAUAAGUGGUCCAUGUUUCACAAACAUAGAGUAAAGUUGGUAGUACAAUAGCUUUGUAAACAAGCAUUUUGGUUCCCCUUCGAAUGUCCUGGUUCUCAAACACUUGGCACUUCAAUCAGGAGAAAGCUGCACUUGCAGAGCUCAGGCGAUUCUGGAUGUUGGCCCUUGUGGAAAGAGAACUGCCCAGGUAGGAAAAGUGAUCAACACUUUCCAGUGUUACACCAUUAAGUUGGAUUUGUGGCACCGCAGAGGGGUUGUUUUGUGCUUGUUGGUGCAGCACUUUGGUUUUUUGGAUAUGGAGCGAUAGGCCAAGUUUUCUGUAAGCUUCUGUGAAGAUUGUCGAAGGGAAACUCCCCACUGGGUUAGAAAUCAUAUAUCGAACAGACGGAAAGCUCUUUCAUCUAAGUACUGAAAGCAAAGAGUUUCAGACACGGGCCUUUCCCUGGAAAUGCUAGGGCUCAAAGUAGGGGCCUUCUGCAUGCCAACCACCUGCCUCCACCUCAGUCCCUUGUUCCCAGCACUUGGUAAUCAAAGGAGUGUGCUGCUUCAGAGCAGGUUAGGAGCAGCCGGUGAGUCAUAUCAGCAAAGGGGUUUCCUUUGUUGCAUUUUUCCCUAAGAGGACUGCUUCAUUGCAGCUAUGUAGGGAGGUCAGGCAGCCUCCUCUGCAGCAGAAGCCUGAAAGACUUAGAUGAACACAGCCGGCAGGUGGACCUCAGAGGAUGGGCGGAAGAGAGAGGGAUGAGAGCCUGAGCAAAGCUCUUCUAGCAUAGCUUUCUGGUGGUUGGAUUUGGUUUUGCAACGCUGUGCUCAGGCGGGCAGCGUUUCACUGGCCCCUGUGUCAGAGCGCUGCAUGCCCAAUUUCAGGCAGGUAGACAGGCGGUGGUAGGACGCGGGUGGCGCUGUGGGUUAAACCACAGAGCCUAGGACUUGCCAAUCAGAAGGUCGGCGGUUCGAAUCCCCGCAACAGGGUGAGCUCCCGUUGCUCAGUCCCUGCUCCUGCCAACCUAGCAGUUUGAAAGCACAUCAAAAGUGUAAGUAGAUAAAUAGGUACUGCUCUGGCGGGAAGGUAAACGGCGUUUCCGUGUGCUUUACCUUUAGGCAGGCGGUGGUCGAUCAUACCUUUUGGAGAAGGGAUCUGGGAAGGGGGGUCGGCAGCUUACAGGAACUGGCACCACAGCCCAACGCAGGAACACUGGCUCAGCAAAAAAAGCAAAGCAAAACAAAGCCUCCAGGAGCCCCUUGCCUGUGUUUUCUUCUCAGUAGCAGGCCUGACAAGAAGGUUGGUGGCGGAUGUGGGAAGGGGGGGGAGGCGAUAGAUGUAGAUUCUCCCUGGGGAUCCAGCAGGGAAGCUGGCAGAGCAGGGCAGCUGCAGCAAGAACAGGAGGGGAGAGAGGAGGAGGAAGGAGGAGGAGUGUUUUUUUGGGGGGAGAUUAUUGCCUGGAAUUGCUGUGUUGCAGAUUCCGCGGUCCCAGCCCCUCCACCUGCCCUGAGUUAAAACCGAUACUUUUUCCAGGAAGGUGUCUCAACCAACAAAGAGAUAUUUAAUUCUCCCCCGUAAAGCAAGGAGUGCCAGAUUUCUGUUCAGAGCUCAGCUCAGGUUUUGUUGACAGCAAGUGGCUUUCUGGUGGCAGUUAUAGCAGUACAGCGGAACCUCGGGUUACAGACCCUUCAGGUUACAGACACUUCAGGUUACAGACUCCGCUAACCCAGAAAUAGUACCUCGGGUGAAGAACUUUGCUUCGGGAUGAGAACAGAAAUCGUGCGGCGACAGCUGGAGGCCCCAUUAGCUAAAGUGGUACCUCAGGUUAAGAACGGACCUCCAGAACGAAUUAAGUUCUUAACCCAAGGUACCACUGUACUGCUACUAACAAUAAUUUAUAUUUAUCUGCCUCCCAUCUGACUGGGUUGCCUCAGUCACUUUGGGCCACUUCCAACAAAUUCAUACAUCAAACAGUAAAACAUCAACCGUUAAAAAUUUCCUAUACAGGCCUGCCUUCAGAUGUCUUCUAAAAGUCAGAUAGUUGUUUAUUUCCUUGACAUCAGAUGGGAGGACAUUCCACAGGGCGGGCACCACAACCGAGAAGGCCCUUUGCCUGGUUCCCUUGUAAACUCACUUCUCACAAUGAGGGAACUGCCAGAAGGUUCUCAGAGGUGGACGUCCGUGUCCGGGCUGAACGAUGGGGAUGGAGAUGCUCCUUCAGAUAUACAAGGCUGGUAUACAACAAAUUGCACUGAUAAUAGCUGCUUUUUUAUAUAGCAUUUUAGAUCGUCGUCCCCCGUCCCCCCGCCACACGCCCAUACCCAAAGUGCUUUGCAAUGUGCAUUGUGCUUUAUCCUUGUUGACAGCCGAGCUCACGUCAUGGGCCUGUGGCAGAAGAUGGUAUAAAAACACUUCUUCCCGGUGGUGGAUGUUCCAUUGGGUGGAACAGCUCACCAAGUCUGCCCUCAGCCAGCCUCUAUUUGCUUGCCUUCUUACUUGCAUCCAGCCCAGAAGGUGGCACUGGAUGUCAGCUUCCUCUUCCUUUGUCAUCGUGUUGCCCCUUGUAGAAGCCAGCAGGGACAACCAUAGUUGAAUCUGCCUAUCUAGUGCCACUUACUGUUGGCCUCCGGGAUUUCCACCCAUCACUAUUGCUUCCCAAUGCCAAACCCCAUGCCUUUUUAUUUCUGGUGUCAUUUUUAUUGACGAUGGCUCUUGUUAUGUUAAAAAAACAAAACAGCAUUAUAUAAAAAAGACAAAGCCAAAACGAUCCAAAGACUAAAUAAACCAUUCAUCGUAAUUACAACAAACCAAGUAUUUUCUCAACAGCAGCAGGUGCGUUAUUAAGAUGCAAUAUAUACUUGCUCCGAAUUUUCCAUUUAAAAAAAUCCAACCCAUAAAUAAAUGUGUUUACUUCCAAAAUGACUGCAUCUAAGGUAUAUUAGCUUCCCUUCACAUAACUAGAUAUUUCGUCCAUUGCAGCUACAUUACUCAAUUUUAUGCAUCCGCUCCGUCACAUUAGGUAGGUUUGUGUCCUUUCAAAUAUUUGCCGUGGAGAUUUUCGAAGCUACCAGAUAAAUUGAACCAAGGUCGUGAUCUUCCCUCCUAAUGAAACCUUGAAUACAUCCUAAGAAUAAAACACCAGGUGCAGCCAGAAAAAUGCAAGCGAGGCAACAUCUCUACCCAGUUUUUCAUUUGAAACCUGGGCAUCUUAGGCUGACGUCGCUGGUGAUGCACCGAGCUGAAUGCAGGCUUCCCUGCCAGAUGCUUAACAACUCUCCCCUGCCCCUUGGUUUCUUUGGUUUCUUUGGCAGUUCCAGAUGGGUGACGAAAACAGGGAGCUCCUCAAGCCCUGGGUGGACCCCCGUUUGUGGCUUGUGAGCUGCAGUUACCUUAGCACAGGCAUGGCCAAACUUGGCCCUCCAGCGGUUUUGGGACUACAACUCCCAUCACCUCUAGCUAACAGGACCAGUUGUCAUGGAUGAUGGGAAUUGUAGUCCCAAAACAGCUGGAGGGCCAAGUUUAGCCAUGCCUGCUUUAACAGGUCACGGAUUGUACAGGCCUGCUCUAUCCAGUGCACCAGUGACAUAGGCAGGGAGAACUUGGGACCAAACGCAUCCCUCCAGGCCUCUCUGUUUGGACCUCGAGGUCUCGCCCCCUGCCACGCACCCCUACCUGGCCACAGCCACUCAGCAGCCUUGCUUCACACCUUCCUAAUUUUCCUGGCCUCUGGCCUCGCCCACUGCUGGCAUGUGGCCCCUGGAAAGUUGCCCAGAAGGCUCAAAAAGGUUCCCCAUCUCUGGGUUACGUUUGUGAACAUUAAGUCACUGUUAUAAUUGUUGACAUAGGGAUGCGGGUGGCACUGUGGGUUAAACCACAGAGCCUAGGGCUUGUCGAUCAGAAGGUCGGCGGUUCGAAUCCCCGUGACGGGGUGAGCUCCCGUUGCUCAGCCCUGCUCCUGCCAACCUAGCAGUUCGAAAGCACGUCCAAGUGCAAGUAGAUAAAUAGGUACCACUCCGGCGGGAAGGUAAACGGCGUUUCCAUGCGCUGCUCUGGCUCGCCAGAAGUGGCUUAGUCAUGCUGGCCACAUGACCCAGAAGCUGUAUGCUGGCUCCCUUGGCCAAUAAAGCGAGAUGAGUGCUGCAACUCCAGAGUCGUCCGUGACUGGACCUAAUGGUCAGGGGUCCCUUUACCUUUACUAUAAUUGUUGGCAUCUGUCUGUCUCAAGAGACAAUGGAGUGUGCCUCCGGAGGUGAAGUCAGACCACUGUGUUAGCAGCACUGAAGUGACAUUUUGGUGCCACCUGCCCUGCCAGCGGCGGAGCGUAUGUCCACCCUGCCCGGGGUGAGCACGCAGAGUGUGCCCCCAAGGGGGGCAGGGCACAGAGGGUUAGGAGAGGGGCAGGGAACAGUUUCAGGUUAAGAACGGACCUCCAGAACGGAUUAAGUUCUUAACCCAAUGUACCACUGUAAAAACAAAACAUGUUAAACCAAGGGUAGGGAAUCUGAGGGACCAAAUUGUUUGUAACUAGACUACAAACUCCCAUCAUCCCUGACUGAGGGGUGAUGGAGUUCAGCCAAGUUCCCCACCAAUGCAUUCAAUGUAUACAUGCAUUUAUUAUAUAUAUGAGACUCUUAAUGUCAGGGAUCUCCAUUGCUGGGCAAAGGAUUCCUGCACUGCAUGGGGGUGGACUAGAUGACUAGAUUCUUAGAGGUUAUUUAUUUUUUAUUUUUUAGCAGUGAGCCACCAUGAGUCCCGUUUGGGAAAAUGUGGCAAGUAAACAAAAACACCAGUCUCCUAGUUUGGCCCCAGGGGAGGGCAUAUCUUCAUAAUAAAUGUACUGUUGCUUUCAGGUCCAUGUUUAACUUAUCAUGGCUUGCCCCAAAGAAUCCUGGGAAUUGUUGUUUGGUGAGAAUCCUAAGUAUUAAAGGUUCCUAGCAUGCACAAACACACUCACACAUAGUCAUUGAUGUCUGUUGGUUAUGGGGAAAUCUGGGCUGAACACAAACAGAGGAAGAUUAUCAGGUGUGCAGGAUGGAGAGUCAGGAACUGAUUUAGAGCAGCCUGACUUGGUUGCAAGGCAGCAAUCCCUUGCUUCUAGGUUAUUCUACCCUGGAGGGGCUCCAGAUCAUUACACAUUGCUGCUGUAUAUACUGUGCUCGCCUGCCAGGUAGCUUUGCAGGUGGGUGGAUCUAUAUUCUGUAUGCUGGGAAAAGCCGAGGUCUACGCUUGGAAUACCUUAAUAGCCGUCAUUUAUACUGCCCUACAGUAUGUUAUUUGGAGGUUUUACUUUCGGGAGAGAAAUGUCCUAGCAAGGACGGCCGGACUGGAUGACCUGAUACAAAAGAGGACAAAGCUCUUUUUCUUCUUGGUUGUGCAAAAGCAGCAGUUUCAACAGGUGCAGCUCAUCGUGUAUCUCUGGGGAACAUUACAGGGCUGCCAGCUUUCCUGGCAGCCUUGCCACCAAUAGCCAUCAGAGGUGCGUGCAGAUUUUAGGAGCCAGUGUGGUGUAGUGGUUAAGAGCGGUGGACUUGUAAUCUGGUGAACCGGGUUCGCUUCCCCGCUCCUCCACAUGCAGCUGCUGGGUGACCUUGGGCCAGUCACACUUCUCUGAAGCCUCUCAGCCUCACUCACCUCACAGAGUGUUUGUUGUGGGGGAGGAAGGGAAAGGAGAAUGUUAGCCGCUUGGAGACUCCUUCGGGUAGUGAUAAAGUGGGAUAUCAAAUCCAAACUCUUCUACUUCUUCUUCUUCUUCUUCUUCUUCUUCUUCUUCUUCUUCUAGGAGGCAGUGGCAUUUAUCCCCAUGUUGCACUACUGCUGUCUGUGCAUCAGGCUGAAGCCUCUGGGGGCAGGCUGGGCUGGUUAUGCGCCCCCAAAUCAGUUGGCACUUUUAGUGAGGAAAACUGUAACCUACAGCGUAUUCUCCUCUUCCCCAGGUUCUCUGGCUUCCUUUCCAUCUGAUCUCAUCCUUUUAGUGGGGGAACAUAAGACCUGGGGUGGUAUUCAGCUAACUUUUACUCACGGCCUAGGACCCUCGUACCUACGGGACCACUUCUCCCGGUAUGCCCCACGGAGGACCUUAAGGUCCAUAAAUAGCAACACCCUAGAGGUCCCGGGCCCUAAGGAAGUUAGAUUAGCCUCAACCAGAGCCAGAGCCUUCUCAACUCUGGCUCCGGCCUGGUGGAACGCCCUGUCUCAUGAGACCAGGGCCCUGCAGGAUCUGAUUUCUUUCCGCAGGGCCUGUAAGAAAGAGUUGUUCCACCUGGCCUUUGGCUUGGAGUAAAUUUGAUUCCCUCCCCCUCUUUCUUUUUCCUUUCUCCUCCUGUGAUGAGACUGCAUUUUAAUUGUUUUAAUGUUUUAAUGUUGUAUUUUAAUCUUGUUUUUAAGUUGUAUUCAUUCAACUCGUUUUUAUUAUUGGUUGUUAGCCGCCCUGAGCCCGGCCUUGGCUGGGGAAGGCGGGGUAUGAAUAAAAUUUAUUAUUAUUAUUAUUAUUAUUAGGGUGGGCCCACUAAAAUGGCCAAGUUAGUCAGAGCCAUUAAUUUUAAUAGGACUCCUCUGAGUAAAAGUUUUGACUGUAAGCCCUGGUUCCCACAUGCAGCAGAAAUGAGCUGGUAUAGUCCUGAGGUGUCAGAGUGGACUGUACCACCAUAGGAUCUGCACAGGAUUGUUGGGCCUAAUGACUACAGUAACUCAUCUCAGGCAGAUCUUGCCCCCAUGCUGAGACUGAAGGUCCCCUCCUCCUCCCAGUUGCCUCUCCCCUCCAAUCCAGGGUUUCCCCCAAGCAAUCUGAGACUGCGCCUGCAUGACGUGAGUUUCUCCUCUGCCCUCUUCAUGCCUCUCCUGGUUCUGGGAGAUGAGGCGGGGAGGGGAGCUUGUUGCAACAGGAUGGGGAGAGAGACACCUGUGACUCUUCGCUAGCCAGACUCAUCUCUUGCCUCUUGGCAAUCUCCCUUCUCUCCUGCUUCUGCCUCUGGUUCUGGACUCCUCCGUGCCAUAGACUCCCCCUGCUCACUAAGCUGUGUUACCCCUCAUCUUUUGACACCUCCUCCUCCCAGUCUUCACCCCCUUACUCCUCAUCACCAUCCCCCAACCAGUCUCCACCAGUCUCCUUCUUCCCUUGGGGGUUCCCCAGCUGGACCAUUCCUCUGCGUCCAACCAGUCCCUGACAUUACAGUGGCCAGCCAGAGGCCAAUGGGAAGCAGCCAGAAGGACCAGGGUGCAGCAGCCACUGUGAUUCCCCCAGCAACUGGCGUUCAGAGGCCUCCUUCCUCUGAUAGAGGAGGUGGAACAUCCUAGGCAAUGGGCACUGCUUGGCCUCCAACGGAGCUCCUAAUCAGGAAGGUUGAGGAAGCCUGAAUGGUGAUAACUGUUUUCCCCUCUUGGUAUUGCACCAGGGCAGUAGAAGCCAGGCCUUACCUGCUGAACCUCGUCCUGUCAUGUGGCCACUAACGCCACAGGAGCCUGUUUAGGGGUCAGCAGCCAGGAACAGUAAUCAGAAGGCCGCACACGGCUGCCAGCAGCAUGGCUGCCUGCCACGUUCUUGCAUUCCUCCAGACUGCACUGCUUUUGUGCUUCCCCUCCGCCCCGGCCCUUGUGGCUUAUUGCUUGCUUAUUCCUCAUUUGUUCAGCAUCGGCUUUGACGCUUCGUUCUAUGACAGCACCUCAUCUUUAACACCGGAGGGGGAGAAGAGAAGCAGGGAGAGAAUGAAAACAAAAGCACAGCAUUUUGCUCCUGUGUCCUUGGUGGCUCAAGGCAAAGCAAUCUUUCUCCAAAUAAGUCUGCCUCUCCCCUUAAUUGCUCCCUUCAUGUCCUGGUGCUGCAGCUGACGCACAGAUUCACUUCCAGGAACCGUGCUGCUUGCUUCUCUCUUUGCCUUUAAGCUGCCGGUCCCUGGGUCAAUCACACUGCCUUUACUCAUCCCCAGUGGGAAAUGUGUGCCCCUCCAGAUGUGGCUGGACUACAGCUCCCAUAAUCCCUUGCGGCUGGUGAUGCAUGCUGGGUCUGACCGGGUCACGCAGAACCCUGGUUUCUUAAUCUCCACCAUUUCUCCAAGCUGGACUGUCACAUAUCUCCUUCCUGUUCUAUUAAAAUGUGAAAGGGGUAUUUAAGUUCCCACCUGAGAUACUACCUGGCGCCCAGACCGUGGCUCUCAUUGGUCAGAAAGAGCCAUGGGUCUCUCGCUCUAGGAAAGGGGAGACAGCCUUUAAAAGGUGUGAUGCUCUUGAAGCUUUAACUCUCUCUGUCAUCAUGAAUGUUGUGUCUGCCUGAGAUCUAUGGGUAUAGGACGGUAUAGGUAAAGGUAAAGGGACCCCUGACCAUUAGGUCCAGUCAUGACCAACUCUGGGGUUGCGGCGCUCAUCUUGCUUCAUUGGCCGAGGGAGCCGGCGUACAGCUUCCGGGUCAUGUGGCCAGCAUGACUAAGCCGCCUCUGGCGAACCAGAGCAGCGCACGGAAACGCCGUUUACCUUCCCACCAGAGCGGUACCUAUUUAUCUACUUGCACUUUGAUGUGCUUUCAAACUGCUAGGUUGGCAGGAGCAGGGACCAAGCAACGGGAGCUCACCCCAUCGUGGGGAUUCGAACCACCGACCUUCUAAUUGACAAGUCCUAGGCUCUGUGGUUUAACCCACAGCGCCACCCACGUCACAAAUUGAAUAAAUAAAAUAAAAUCAUCAUCAGGGACCUGGGUCAGAUCUUCUAGACCAACUGGACAGAGGCUGGCCACUUUUGCUGCCUACUCACAAGUAGACAUAGACCAUUGUGUUGCUAGUAAGUAGCCUAGAAGUGAAUAGGCUAGAGACUGGGAGGAGAUACAAUGGCCAUUGUCAAGUAUCUGAAGGGCCGUCUCAUGGAGGAUGAAGCAAGCUUGUUUUUUCCUCCAGAAACCCAAAACCAAUGGCUUCAAGUUACAAGAAAGGAGGAAGUUCACACUAACCGCCAGGAAGAUGCUGGACAGUAGAACAGACUCCCACGAGAGGUGGUGGAUUAUUCUUCUUUGGGGGUUUUUUAGGCAGAGGUUGCGUGGCGAGUUCCCGACCCCCCCAGGUGGAAAUAAUGACACAUGACACAAUUAUUAAGGUUAAUGGGCUAAAAAAGGCCACAACAUUAUUGGUUACAGGUGAUGAGCGGUAUUGGCUUAGGCAGUGGUCCUAACCGACUAUAUCCGACUCCAGCCCGUCCGCUUGAAGUCCAGGAAGGGUUAACCACCAGUAGGGGGAGUCCUGCUGAUUCACAUCAACUAGGAACUCCCCCAGGGUCACCGAUAGGGGCCGUGCCUUAGGCCCUAACCUCCUUAGGCUUCAGACAGGGCCACGCCCCCCGGAAUCCUUUAAUGGACUACCCUUCAAUAUGUGGGGCAGGUGAUGGCGCUACCUCCCCUCUUCCAUCUACAGAACAAUACCAGUGCCUAACUGCCAAUACCCAGAAAGUUGUGACGAUUUGCUACGAGGUAGGCGGAAACCAGGAACAGCUGGUGGGCGGCAAAGAGGGCAGGCCACGCCCCCGAGCCAGCCAAUUGGCCGGCUAGGGAGUGACGCGGCCGGGAAUCCCCCCAAUUGCAUGGGACUGGCCUCCACCUGCCUCCUUAGGCAGAAGUGGCUUUGUUUGGCCACCUGUCAUGGAUGAUCUAGUUGAGAUUCCUGCAUUUCCAGGGGUUGGACCAGGUGACCCUCAGCAUCCCUACAAUUUUAUGAUUCUAAGUAGUCAGGUUUUGCAGUCACUGGGCUCUUUUUGCUUUGAAAGUUUCCGUUGGACCCAAUUGCCCUCUUCCUAACAUAUCCCUAGUAAAGUUUUCCAAUUAGACUUGUGGAGUAGGUGUGUGUGAUUGCCACCCUCGGGAUUCGAGAAUCCCUAGGUGUCCACAUCACUUUGGGGGUCUUAAGACCACAGCUACGGUGGGUAAAGCCAGGAAUUAGCCUGUCCUUGGGGAGAAGCAGAGGGCUCUGUGUCAAUUGCAAGGGGUUGACCGGAAGCAGGAGGUGUGCUCAUCUGGGAUCCCAGGAUUUACCAAUUCUUUGGAUGUCCCCAGUUUCCCCGCUGCCACAUGGUAAGACUCAGCUGGCAGCACUGCAGGGCUGUUGUACAGCAGUUGGGCAACAAAGGGGUGUGAGAUAUUCUUCUGAGUGGUCCCUCUUCCCCACAGAUGGGGGUUAGAGUCCAGUGAUAAACAUCAGGAGAGAUUCCAGUCUCCUGUAUCCCUGCCGCUUGCCAGGGAUUUGUUAUCCAGCCCCCAUUUGUUGUCUUAUUUAUUUCUGGGAAAGGGCCAUAGGUCAGUGGUAGGGCAUAUGCUUUGCAUGCCAAAGGUUCCAGGUUUAAUCCCUGGCAUCUCCGGGUAAGUUUGGAAAUGCCUCCCCACCUUUCUGAAAUCCUGGAUAGCCUCUGCCACUCGUGGUCCCUUCCAACUCUAUGAUUAUAUGAAAUGGAUUGGUGGUUUGAUUCAGGAUAAAGCAGCUUCCUCUGUUAAGAACUUUCCUGUAAGGAAUGCAAAGGGAUGCCCAUGGUUCUCACGCACCCUGCACUUACACUCACAACAACCCUGUGAGGUUGGAGCUGGCUUGGAGGUCGCCCAGUAUGCUUCAUAGGAAUCCUAUGCUUCAUCAGCCAGAUAGCUCAGUUGGUUAGAGCGUGGUGCUGAUAACGCCAAGGUUGCAGGAUCGAUCCCUGUGAGGUACAGCUGCAUACAUUGGCUCCCAGUAUGUUUCCCAGUAUGUCCUAAGGGAUCUUUACUGGCUCCCAGUAUGUUUCCAAGCACAAUUCAACGUCUUGGUGCUGACCUUUAAAGCCCUAAACGGCCUCGGCCCUGUAUACCUGAAGGAGCUUCUCCACCCCCAUCGUUCAGCCCAGACACUGAGGUCCAGCCCUGAGGGCCUUCGGAAGGUUCCUUCACUGUGAGAAGUACAGGGAACCAGGCAGAGGGCCUUCUUGGUAGUGGCGCCCGCCCUGUGGAACUCCCUCCCAUCAGAUGUCAAAGAGAUAAACAACUACCUGACAUUUAGAAGACAUCUGAAGGCAGCCUUGUUCAGGGAAGUUUUUAAUGUUUGAUGUUUUAUUGUGUUUUUAAUAUUGUGUUGGGAGCUGCCCAGAGUGGCUGGGGAAACCCAGCCAGAUGGGUGGGGUAUAAAUUAUUAUUAUUAUUAUUAUUCCUGCAUUGCAGACUGUUGGACUAAAUGAAUCUCAGGGUCCCUUCCAAUUGUAUAAUUCCGUGAUUCUAAGAUCAACAGCCUGUGCACAAAUAAAACGAAAGGGGUGGGGAGAGAAGAUACCACUGCUAUUAAAUAAGCACUGUUUUUGAUGGAGUUCAUAGAAUUGUAGAGUUGGAAGGGACCCUGAGGAUCAUCUAGUCCAACCCCCCCUGCAAUGCAGGAAUGUCCCAUAGGGGGAUCGAACCUGCGGCCUUGGCACGAUCAGCACCACGCUGUACCCACCUGAGCUGUGUCCUGCUUGGCAGUGCUGGGCUCAAGCUAGCCAAGAAAGACCUGCUGUGGUUUUUGCUGAAGGAAGGUCACAUCAGGGCACUCUCCAAUCCAAGUACCCCCCCAGAGUCUUAGUGAGCUGGGCUCUUCCUCCCCAUCACUUCCCAUAUUGUCCCCCCCCCCCCCGCCGCCUUUCCUCUGCCCUUUCUGCCAAACUGGGCUUUUAAUCCUCGCCCUAUUAGGACGGGGUUAAAAUGCGUCACACAGAGGCUUUAGUCCUUUUUAAUGACACAUCUGUUAAUUCGGCAGCCUGGCAACAUCUGGAACCUAAAGUCACUUUCUCCCACGGAAUGUCAUUUCCCUACAGCUUAGUCCCUCUCCCUGAGCUCCUGUCGCCCACACACAGAACUCUCCCUUCCCUUCUUUUACCUCAGGAGAUGGCUGGCCCUUUUGCCAGGAUUGUAAUUCCGGUGAAAAAGAGAUUUCUUGGAGGGGGUGGGGUGGGAGAGAAGAUUGACAGCGCAGGUUCAAAAACCUCUUUGAAAUAAAUUUUGCAAUUAAAUGUAAACGUUUCAGGAUGCCUAACAAACAGAGACAUGGGUUCUCCUGAGGUGUAAGGGCAUGCGGUCUGAACAUACAGGGAAAGGCACAUUUGUGCUUGUGUGUGGGGUCGCCCCCGCCCCCCGCAAAUGGCACUCAUGCCCCCAGGCAAAAAACGGCUGCAUCCCUUUGCUGUUUUCUGCUCGCUCUUUUGCCAAGGGAAAGGUGCGUGGAGAGUUCAAGAGAAGGUUUCUUCAGAGAACAAAUCUCUGCGGUGUCGUUGUGAUAAUCUGCCCCUUCACAAAUGUUCAGCUGGAGCAGAGAUUUUGGAGGUGCAGAAAUAAGCACACGUAGCAUACUGAACCUGCCUUCAACAACUUCGUGCUCUCUUCAGGUGUUUGUGGACUACAGCUCCCAUCACCCUCCAGCUGUCGCAGCUGGGGGCCAGCCGGCUUGGGUUGAUGGGACUUGUAGUUCAAAACAUUUGGGGAGAGCAUGAAGCUGGCGAAUGCUGUACUGGGUUUACAUCACAAUCCUUAUCCAAAACAGUUCUGAUCCCAAACAAAUACAGGCUACUCUCAAGAAGUUUUAAAUUAAAUAAAAAAAGUUUUAUUGCAUUUUUAUAUUUUGCUGGAAGCCACCCAGAGUGGCUGGGGAAACCCAGCCAGAUGGGUGGGGUAUAAGUAAUAAAAUUAUUAGCAUUAUUUUAUAUAUAUAUAUAUAUAUAUAUAUAUAUAUAUAUAUAUAUACACACACACACACACACACACACACACACACUCACACACACACACACACACAUAUAUGAUUUUUAUUGGUUUUACAUAUAAUCACAUUACGUAACAUCGUACCCUCUUAUUUUAUCUCUUUGGCUCCACUGAGCCUAAUGACUUCCCUUCCUCCCUUCUGAUGGUUUACAAAAUUAAACUUUAUAUCUUUACAAUUCACUUCGUUACUUAUCCUUGUUAUAGCAUUACCUAAAAUAUUAUAUUACUCAACCUAAAUAGGUCGCAAUUUUAUCCUACAAAUCUUCAGAUAACCCUGCUAAUGAUGGUAAUUAUUAUUAUUCCUAGGAGUUAGCUCUCCUUACACUCCAGACUGAGGCUAGCAGUAUGAUUCUAUCCAUGCCUACUCAGAAGUAAAUCCUGUCACGUUUUCAUGGAACUUACUCCCGUGGUGAAUGCGUAAACCGACUCCCAAGUCAGUUUCAGGUAUUUCGGUCCCAUCUGCGCUAAACAUUUUAAAGAGUAUCAUACCACUUUUAAAGUUGUGGCUCCACUCCCCCCCAAAAAAUUUCCUAGGAACUGUAGUUUGUUAAGGGUGUUAAGAAUUGUUAGGAGACCCCUAACACCUCAAGGUCUGCUUCUCCCCAUAUGAACCAAUCCGGACUCUGUGCUCAUAAUCUGAAGCCCUUCUUCGUGUGCCUCCUCCACAAGAGGUCUGGAGGCUGGCAAUACGAGAGCCGGGCCUUUUCUGUGGUGGCUCCUCGUUUGUGGAAUCCUCUGCCCCGGGAGGUUCAGCUGGCAUCUUGCUUUUAUAUGUUUAGGCACCAGGCGAAAAACGUUCUUCUUCCAUCAGGCCUUUGUCUGAUUAACAUUCUAUGGCCUUUUAAGUGUGUUUGUGAAUGGGGGGGAGAGCUAUAGUUUUGUUGUUUUUCUUUUAACUAUUUAUUUGUGUUUUUUAUCUUGCAUUUUUUUAUCUUGGGAAUGACUGCCCUGCGAUCUUUUGACGAAAUAUAUAAAUCUAAUUAAUAAAGCAAUUAAUAAAUAUUGCCCUCACUGAGCUACAACUCCCGGAGAUCCCUGGGAAGAGGGUUUGAUUGUUAAACCACUCCAGGGAAUUGUAGUUCUUUGAGGGGAAUACAGUGGUACCUCAGGUUAAGAACUUAAUUCGUUCUGGAGGUCCGCUCUUAACGUGAAACUGUUCUUAACCUGAGGUACCACUUUAGCUAAUGGGGCCUCCCGCUGCCUCCGCGCGAUUUCUGUUCUCAUCCUGAGGUAAAGUUCUUAACCUGAGGUACUAUUUCUGGGUUAGCGGAGUCUGCAACCUGAAGCGUCUGUAACCUGAAGCGUCUGUAACCCGAGGUACCACUGUAGCGAGGUCUCUCAGCAAACCCAUAACAAACUGCAGCUCCCUGGAUUCUCUGGGGAAAGCCAUGAUUGUUUUAAAGAGCUAUGAUACUGCUUUGAGUGCAGAUGGGGACUUUGAAGGCAGGUGUGCUACUCUGCGAUGGUAUCGCAGGAUUUCAGGGGAUCUUGUGUAGACCAUCCUUAGCGCCACAUUCAGAGAGGACCAGGCUAUCUGGUCCUCGCUGCUAGCCAUGAUGUCAGCGGGAGCAUGUCUCUGCGCACCAGUCAUCGGGAAUCACAGGUGGAGAGAGUGGCUGUUGCGCCCGGGUCCUCCUGCUUGCGGACUUCCCACGCAGCCACCUUGUCGGCUGCUGUCAGAACAGGAUGCUGGACUUCGGCCUGAUCCAUCAAGGCUUUCCUCAUCCCCUUGUGUCCUCUGUCUCAAGGCAGGGAAUCUUCCUUCGUUCCCUGCACUCUGUGCAGCUCCUCCUCCUCAGCUCCGGCCUCCUGCUGCGUUGCUCCAAACGCAUCUCAGAUGCUCCAAAUUAGCAAAGUACCCCUUCCAUCACGGGGAUUGGUGCCUUGUCACGGAGAACCUCCCUGCUUCUAAUUUGUGGUCCCCCAUUGUUUGCGCCUGACUCAUACAACGCAACCCCCUCCUAUUAAUUUGUUUUUGCCGAGGAAGGAAAAGAUAAGCCCUCAGAGGGAGGUGCGCUGGCCUCCUUGUGGAGGGGACUCUGAGAGGGUGGCGGUGGUGUGAGGGGCAGGGAAGACAGCCGAGACUGAGCUUCUUCCCACACCAAAGCAGCCUUGAGAAACUCCGGCAGGAAAAGCCGCAGCCCACGGGGCCUGACACAGAUAAUCCUGUCCCUGCCUUUGCCUCCCAGGCCUUAAAGCCCACUGCCUCCUUCAAAACUUUUCUGGGACAACCUUUGCCUUUUGCUGGCCACCUCUCUGCUGCUUGGUGUGGGAGCUGGUGGGUGAAUCUGCGUGGAUGGGGCUACACGACUGCAUGACAAGGACGGUCACCUUAUGAAGUUGAGCUUGCUUUCUUCCUCCUCCCUCCCCCUCCUUUCUUCCUCCUGCGUGAUUGUCAGCCACAGGGUGGAGAUGGUCUUACGAGUGAUUUCCGCAAGCUUGCUGUGGGAGAGCACCUUUCAGCUCAAGAGCAGGGAUGUAGACUCAGGUUUCGGAGAUAGGAAAGCCAGGCUCAGAUAAUAAUAACAAUUUAUUAUUUCUACCCCGCCCAUCUGGCUGGGUUUCCCCAGCCACUCUGGGCGGCUUCCAACCGAAUAUUAAAAACAAUACAGCGUCAGACAUUAAAAACUUCCCUAAACUGCGCCGCCUUCAGUUGUCUUUUAAAAAUAAAAUAGUUGUUUAUUGCCUUCACAUCUGCUGGGAAGGCAUUCCACAGGGCAGGUGCCACUACCAAGAAGGCCCUCUGCCUGGUUCCCUGUAACCUGGCUUCUCGCAGUGAGGGAAGGCCGUCAGAGCUGUACCUCAGUGUCCAGGCUGGAUGAUGGGGGUGGAGAGACUCCUUCAGGUAUACUGGACCGUAUCCUGACUGUACGUUCCCAAUAAAUAGAAGUCAAUGCUAUAGGAGUGGCACGCUUGGUUUUCACUUGCACCGAAAGGGGAUUGAAGCGGGGCAAGUGAUCAGGGCUGGGGUCAGCAUCCAGCAUUCUUGGACAGCUCCAGCAACGACGGAGCAAGGCCCAUCAUGGAUGUCUCACCCGGCCCCACCUGCCCCCCAGCCCUCCAAGCAGUGAAACCAAAAUGCUUGCUUACAAAGCUAUUGUCCUGCCAACUUUACUCUACGUUUGUGAAACAUGGACCACUUAUAAACCCCAUCUCCAGCUCCUCAAAAGAUUCCAUCCACGGUGUCUCUGAAAAACUUUACACAUCACUUGGGAAGACAGGCAAACUAAUACCAGUGUACUGGAAGAAGCAAAGAUCACCAGUGUUGAAGCAAUAAUUCUUCAACAUCAACGUCGUUGGGCUGGUCAUGUUGUGCGGAUGCCUGAUUAUUCCAAAGCAACUACUCUAUUCCGAACUUAAAAACGGAAAGCGUAGUGCUGGUGGUCAACAAAAAAGCUUUAAAGACUGUCUCAAGGCAAAUCUUUUAAAAAAUGUAGUAUAAACACCAACAAUUGGGAAACACUGGCCUGCGAGCACUCCAGUUGGAGAACAGCCUUUACCAAAGUUGUCAUGGGCAUUGAAGACACUCAAACUCAGGACGCAAGGGGAAAACGUGCUAAGAGGAAGGCACGCUUGGCAAAUCCACACCGUGAUCAACUCCAGCCCAGAAACCAGUGUCCCCACUGUGGAAGGACGUGUGGAUCCAGAAUUGGCCUCCACAGUCACUUAUGGACUCACUGUUAAAACCGUGUUUAUGGAAGACAAUCUUACUCGGCUACGAGUGAUCGCCAAAGAAGAAGCGUGUGUUUUUUGCACGCAUUGAACACAUGACAAGCUACACCUGCUGAAAUUCUCUCUUGUAUAUACCUGUUCGAGUUGCAGAAGCCCCUUUCUCUUUCCCCCCUCUGUCCACCCUACCUGUUACCUUUGUGGUGCCAGGUGAAGAUCUUUUAUCUGCUCUGUCCUUUGAGCUGUUGUUACCACAGGUUCGUUUUUAAUUUUGCCGGCUUUGGGUGCAUGUCGUUUAAACAUAAAAAGUCUGCUUCUUCCUACGCCAUCCUUUUCGAGGUUUCUUGUUAUUGGCUGUUUUACGUGAUUGUAAGCCCCUAUUGUUUAUUUAUUUAUUUAAUUUGUAUGCAAACACACACAUCCCUUCAUCUGCAGACCUCAGGGCGCUUCACAGCAUAAACUAUGAGAAUGUAAAUGUGUGUUCAUUUUGUAUGUUUAUGUUGUGAACCACCCUGUGAUCUUUGGAUGAAGGGUGGUAUACAAAUUUAAAUAGAUCAAUAAAUAAAUAUUACACACACAAACAUGCAAUUGAAUAAUAAUUAUUAAUAAAUGCCAUUUAUUGGUCGCUUUAUACCACUGUUUGGGUCUCCAGCUGUUUUUGGACUACAACUCCCAUCAUCCCUGACCACUGGUCCUGCCAGCUAGGGAUGAUGGGAGUUGUAGUCCCAAAACAGCUGGAGACCCGUGUUUGGCAAACCCUGCUUUAUACAAAAGGAAAAGUCUCAAAAUGGCUUGACAAGAAAUAAAAAUAAUAAUACAUCUAGUUUGGGGGCUUUUUUUAAAAAAAGGAUUCUUGCUGCAUGUUCCACACAGUCCAGAUUAUUAUUUUUUGUUUAUUUCAAAAUGCACAUCAAAGCAACACUUUUCUUAGGACCAACUGGGAGGGCAGGGGGAAGCAUUGUCAAACCAUGAGCAAGCUUUCAGGAUUAGCUAAGGCCCUCUUCGUUUUCACAGGGAGAAUUUCACAUGGCUGCUGUCUCUAUGAGGUGGCCAGGUGCAGAUGAGGACUCUGCGUUUUCCCAGCCAUUGCCCACAGCUGCCCAAAGCCAACCGCGUGGUUAGCCCUGCGUUCAUUAAGAGGCAGCUGCCGCCCUGUGUCACAGAAGGGACAUCGGAGAGAUCCGACUGUGGGCUGAGCAAUGGUGCAUCAAAGAAAAGAACCCUAAAGGGAUGAAGGGGGAGGGGGGUUUCAGGCUGCGAAUUUUCACCCUGUCAUGGCUCCGCUGGCUUCGCUCAAUCCUUGGAACAGACAGAGAUACCUUGGGUUUGAUCUCUCAUCCCAGCACAGUCGGAUUCUGGCCCCAUCUGCAUUCAAAGCAAAAUCUUAUCAGCCCUCCUGUGGCGCGAUGGAUCAGUGCGUCUGGAUGUUAGCAGGAAGGUUGGUGGUUCAAGCCCACCCAGGGAUGGCUUUGGGCAGGGUUCCUGCAUUGCAGGGGGUUGGACUAGAUGACCCUUGUGAUCCCUUCCAACUCUAUGAUUCUGUGAUACCCUUGGUUCUCAGUCCGUUCCAAAACCAAAGUGUUCUAAAACCAAGGCGUGCUUUCCCAUAGAAAGUACACUGGUACCUCGGGUUACAGACGCUUCAGGUUACAGACUCCGCUAACCCAGAAAUAGUACCUUGGGUUAAGAGCUUUGCUUCAGGAUGAGAACAGAAAUUGUGCUCUGGCAGCACGGCGGCAGCAGGAGGCCCCAUUAGCUAAAGUGGUGCUUCAGGUUAAGAACCUUUUUAGGUUAAGAACAGACCUCCAGAACGAAUUAAGUACUUAACCCGAGGUACCACUGUAAUGCGAAAUGGAUUAAUCCAUUCCAGACUUUUAAAAACAACCCCUAAACAGCAAUUUAACAGGAAUUUUACUAUCUAACGAGACCAUUGAUUCAUAAAAUGAAAGCAAUAAACAAUGUGCUGCAGUCACACAGUCAAGCAGUAGCUGAACUGGGCUCCACACAGUCACCAAAACAAAACAAAAAAGCUGCAAAAACGAAACAGCAAAAUAAAUAGCAAAAACAGACAGACUUCAGUAUAACUCAAAACUGAAGUGUGGCACUCAAAUUGUUUUUUUUUAAAAUGAUAUUUAUUGAGAAUUUAAAAUUACAAAGAAAGAAAGUAAGAAACAAGAAAAAAAGAAAAAGAAAAAAAAAGGUAGACAUAAAUAGCAAUUGAACAAUACAAGUCAAUAAAAACCAAAGUCAAAUAAAAAAACAAAACACACAAUACAUCAAAAUCAAAAAACAAAAAUAAACAAAAAAUUUAAAAACAAAUCCAAUAUUCCCAAAUCCUUAUCUUUCAUUAACUUGUUUCAUCGACCUCCUCGCACCUCCCUUUUUUGUAUUCUAGUUAUUAAUUAUCCCAGCAAAUCCUUUCCAUCUUUCACAAUAUUCUGUCAUUAAAUUACCUUAAUCUAUUUUAACCUUAUCUUACCAUAAAAACCCUAAAGCUUAAAACUUAAGUCUUAUUUAUACCUAAUUCUUUUUAGCAUAGCAUAUUCUUACAUAGUUCUUUUUAACAUUUCUACUAAAGCCAAAUAAUUUCAUUCCAACAUUUUUCUAAUACUCAUUAAUUUUACAAUGAUUUUCUAAAUGAAUUUUUAAAACUUUCUUCCAAUCUUCAUCCAUCGUCUCUUCUUCCUGGUCUCGGGUUUUGUCAGUCCUUUCUAUCCCAUCCAUCUAGUCCAUCAACCUGGUGACCUUCUAUCCGAGGCUCUUAAGUCUUUUCCAUGUCCCUUCCGCAGGUCUUCUUCAUGUUUAUACCUGUAUUUUACUUUAUCUUCUGCUGAUCUUGUUCUUAAUUUCCUUCCUUUCUCUCGGGGAGACUCCAACUUGACAAUAUCUUUGUCCCUUCUCGACAAGUCAGCCCAUUCUCCAUAGUCGACACUGAAAUCCAUAUGAUAUUUAAAGGCAUGUUUCAAAGUCCCUCCAAAGUUAAGGGCCCCCACAACUCCAAACUCCCCCUGGCCCAAAGCCAAAUUCGAAAAGCCAAAACAUCCCUGCAUAGGGGGAUAUAUCCAGCUUCCCAUCUCCAAGCCAAACAGCACUCCAUCUCUCCAAAUCUGACUUUCUCCAGGUUCAUUCGUCAAAUCCAACAACUUAUGUUCCUGCAGGGCCGCAGCUCUCUCCAUUUCUGCUGCUUGAGGUUCAGCAACAACCUCCUCCUUUAUCUUCUUCACCACUUGAUCUGUCAAAGCACAUUCCUGGAUUAAUUCCUGAGUGGGUUCUAUAUAGGUAUUCACUGUUUGUCCAAAAUUUCCGACUGCAACAGUCAUCAAAUCCAUCUUCUCAUGUAGCUGUUCCAGUAAAGCGCUUGUCUUGCAAAAAGCAAGCACUAAAGCUUCUUCUGGGCACAUUCUUCUUCAAGGUUAAAGUCUGGUCCCACGAUCUUUAAUCUCUACAGCUGCAAAGUUCCCCAGAUCGACUCUAGUAACAGUUUCACAAGCUCCCUCUAGGGGAAACAAUUUCUAUUUGUAUCCGUCUUUUUAAAAGCAGAUCUAGCAACAAAGUUCCUUUCCUUUUUCGGAUAUUUUGUUCCUUUUGAAUGCAAAAGGGAACAUUGGAAUCAAUAUGUUUCUCUUUUUUAACUAUCUGUCAAAAACGUUUUGUCCACAGUCAAUGGACUUCCCCAAAGCGUCUGUCCUGACACCCCGCUCCCAGGUUCAAGACGGUGGAAAUUUAUCUUUCUUUACUCUCUCUUCUGCAGGUUUAAACAGUCUAAAAAGAUUCCCCCCUCUUCUCCUGCCUCCAAGGGGGGUUUAGUAAUUUUAACUGAUGGAAAUUUAAUCCUUUACAAACGACUUUCCAGACUCUAGCUUGCAAUGUCUUUGCUUCAAUCUAUUUACAAAAGCGGAAGGUGGACUUCCUGUUUAGACCUUCCCGCUUCGGUGCCAAAUUAAGAAAUUUCAUAGUCCAAUAUUCCGUUCUACUCAUGGGCAGUUGUUUAAAAUCCAAUUGUCCACAGGAAAAAGUCAGCGCUCUCCGGCAACAGCAAUGCGGCUUCACUCCGUGAAAAGAGCUGUUGAUUCAAAGCACCGCGCCAUUCACCCCACGUUGCUCCGGAUCCCGAAACCGGGUUUCCCCGCGAGUAGGGGAGGCGCGAAAGGUGCCAGCCGAAUCCCACGUCCACAGGCUUCUCCCGCCUGUGGUUUUUGGUGGGUCUCCGCCUCGCCGCGGCGGUCCAGACCCUAAUUCUCACGGAGCGGAUUCCUCCCGAUCAGAGGAAAUCCGCCAUUGCCAGAGGCGCUAACCCGGAAGUGUGGCACUCAAAUUGGCAGCAUAACAUUCAAAAUGGAAGUGUGGCACUCAAAACAGAGCAUAUUUGGCUUCCGAAAAACAUUCUCAAACCAGAACACUUACUUCAGGGUUUGCAGUGUUUGGGUUCAAAGUUGUUUGAGUACCAAGGCGUUUGAGAACCAAGGCACCACUGUACUGUGAUUCCGUGACCACUUUAAACAGUCAUGGCUUCCCCCAAAGAAUCCUGAGAAUUGCAAGUGUGCUGUGAGUCGUUAGGAGACCCCCUAUAACCAGGGGCAGACCUUUGUCAUGUGCCCUGUGCAAGGCCAAAAUUUGACGCUGCCCCCUCCCUCCAGCCUUCCCAAAGAUGGAAGUGCUAGCUAGGCUUUGGGAAGUAAGCAGGAGGACUCUAGGACCCCGUUGGAGCCUCCACACCUCCUUCCCAAAGCCCAGCACUUACUAGGUAGGCACCCCAUUGGCCCCUAUGCCCACCUCUGCUAUUAUGAUUUCAGGAGCCACAAUUCCCAGAGUUCCCUAUGAAGAGGAUUCUGCUCUGGGAAUUGUAACUCUGCAAGGGGAGCCAGAGGGUCUCAUCGCAACUCUCAGCACCCUUAGGAAGCCAGUUACCUUAGUUAUCAGGGUUAUUUGGGGGAAGCUAUGGCUGUUCAGGAGGGAUGCGGGUGGCGCUGUGGGUUAAACCACAGAGCCUAGGACUUGCCGAUCAGAAGGUCGGUGGUUCGAAUCCCCGCGAUAGGGUGAGCUCCCGUUGCUCAGUCCCUGCUCCUGCCCCCCCCAGCAGUUCGAAAGCACGUCCAAGUGCAAGUAGAUAAAUUGGUACCGCUCCGGCGGGAAGCUAAACGGUGUUUCUGUGCGCUGCUCUGGUUCGCCAGAAGCGGCUUAGUCAUAGAAUCAUAGAAUCAUAGAGUUGGAAGAGACCACAAGGGCCAUCAAGUCCAACCCCCUGCCAAGCAGGAAACACCAUCAGAGCACUCCUGACAUAUGGUUGCCAAGCCUCUGCUUAAAGACCUCCAAAGAAGGAGACUCCACCACACUCCUUGGCAGCAAAUUCCACUGUCGAACAGCUCUUACUGUCAGGAAGUUCUUCCUAAUGUUUAGGUGGAAUCUUCUUUCUUGUAGAAAGUCAUGCUGGCCACAUGACCCGGAAGCUGUAUGCCGGCUCCCUCGACCAAUAAAGCGAGAUGAGUGCCGCAACCCCAGAGUCGGCCACAACUGGACCUAAUGGUCAGGGGUCCCUUUACCUUUACCUAUGGCUGUUCAGAGUGGCACAAUAGCACCUUAAUUGCAUAAUGUGGAUGGGGCCCUUUUCUCAGAAGUAAACACCCGUUCAUAGCCUCUCUCCCAGGUGUGGCCUGCCACGCGCCAUUGAACUACAGCUCCCCCUAUCCCUGGUCAUUGGCCAUUCUUGCUGGGGCUGAUGGGAGUUGUAGUUCAGCAACAUCCGGAAAGCUAAAUGUUCCUGGUUUAGGUCUUCCUCCUUAAAGCAAGUUUCAACAAAGGUCAAAGAAGUUGUGCAGAACUCCAGCCAAAGAGAAAGGCAGAUAGGAACAGUCAAGUAUUGUGAUGUUUUAUCUCCCCUGUGGGGUUGUCACAUCUGUUCUGGCAAAAUACAGGGGAGGGGGCUUAGGAGCCAAAUAACUUUUUCUUUCUUUUUUUUUUUCAUUUAAAAAACACAAACCUUUUAAAAAAUAGAAGGGGAAAAAGGAAAAAAACCAAAAAAAGACCCCGUAUUUUCAUGUCCUUAUCUUUCAUUUGCUUAUUUCCUCGACUUCCUCACACCUCCUUUUUUGUAUUCUAGUUCAAUUAAUUGUUCCAGCAAAUCCUUUCCCUCUUUCUCAAAUUUAAUUCCAUAAUUUAUCUUAACGCAAUUUAACCUUAAGUUUUGCACCUUUACCCAUUGUCAAUCUAUUCAUACUUAAUUCUUUAUAACAUUUCUGCUAAAGUCAUAUAACUUCUUUCCAGCAUCCUUCUAACAUUCAUUAAUUUUACAAUAUUUCUGUAAAUAUACUUUAAAAUUUUUCCAAUCUUCUUCCACCGACUCUUCUCCCUGGUCUCAGAUUCUGCCAGUCCUUUCUGCCAGUUCCAUGUAGUCCAUCAGCUUCAUCUGCCAUUCUUCCCUGGUAGGUAGAUCUUGUGUCUUCCAGUGCUUUGCGAUAAGUAUUCUUGCUGCUGUUGUUGCGUACAUAAAAAAGGUUCUAUCCUUCUUUGGCACCAAUUGGCCUACCAUGCCCAGGAGAAAGGCCUCUGGUUUCUUUAGAAAGGUAUAUUUAAAUACCUUUUUCAUUUCAUUAUAGAUCAUCUCCCAGAAUGCCUUAAUCUUUGGGCAUGUCCACCAAAGGUGAAAGAAUGUACCUUCAGUUUCAUUACAUUUCCAACAUUUAUUAUUGGGCAAAUGGUAAAUUUUUGCAAGCUUGACUGGUGUUAUGUACCACCUGUAAAUCAUUUUCAUUAAAUUCUCUUUUAAGGCAUUACAUGCCGUAAACUUCAUACCAGUGGUCCAUAACUGUUCCCAGUCAGCCAUCAUAAUAUUAUGUCCAACAUCUUGUGCCCAUUUAAUCAUAGCAGAUUUCACUGUUUCAUCUUGAGUAUUCCAUUUCAGCAGCAAGUUAUACAUUCUUGACAAAUUCUUAACUUUAGGGUCUAACAAUUCUGUUUCCAAUUUUGAUUUUUCCACCUGGAAGCCUAAUUUUUUGUCCAAAUUAUAUGCCUCCAUUAUUUGAUAGUAAUGGAGCCAAUCUCGCACUCUGUUUUUUAAUUUUUCAAAGCUCUGCAAUUUUAAUCUGUCUCCCUCUUGUUCCAAGAUUUCCCAAUACUUCGGCCAUUUAGCCUCCAUAUCGAGUUUUUUCUGAGCCUUUGCUUCCAUUGGUGACAGCCAUCUUGGGGUUUUGCUUUCUAGCAAAUCCUUAUAUCUUACCCAAACAUUAAACAGUGCUUUUCUAACAAUAUGGUUUUUAAACGCUUUAUGUGCUUUAACCUUAUCAUACCACAAAUAUGCAUGCCAACCAAAUACAUCAUUGAAACCUUCCAAAUCCAACACAUCCGUAUUUUCAAGAAGCAUCCAUUCUCUCAGCCAACAAAAUGCGGCUGAUUCAUAGUAAAGUUUAAGGUCUGGCAGGGCAAAUCCACCUCUUUCUUUAGCAUCUGUUAAUAUUUUAAAUUUUAUACGAGGCUUCUUGCCCUGCCAGACAAAUCUAGAGAUAUCUCUCUGCCACUUCUUGAAACAGUCCAUCUUGUCCAAAAUUUGCAAUGUUUGAAACAAAAAUAAUAUUCUUGGCAAUACAUUCAUUUUAAUCACAGCAAUUCGACCUAGCAAUGAUAGCUUCAAAUUUGACCAUAUUUCUAAAUCCUUUUUCACUUCCGUCCAACAUUUUUCAUAGUUAUCCUUAAAUAAAUUCACAUUCUUAGCAGUCAUGUUUACCCCUAAAUAUUUCACUUUCUUAACCAAUGUCAAUCCUGUCUCCUUCUGGAACUUUUCUCUCUCAAUCUCAUUUAGAUUUUUCUCCAAAACUUUAGUUUUCGUCUUAUUCAACUUAAAACCUGCUACCUGACCAAAUUCUUGAAUCAGUUCUAAUACUCUUUUAGUGCUUGAUUCUGGAGGAGCCAAAUAACUUUUUCACCUAGUGCUGAAAUGACUUCAAAGCAAUCCUUUACAAUACAUGGCAGCCUAACUGGAUAGCCCCUCUGGAAUUUCUCUCUCUCUCUCUCUCUCUCUCUCACACACACACACACACACUUGUUGUUUAGUCGUGCCCGACUCUUCGUGACCCCUGGACCAGAGCACGCCAGGCACUCCUGUCUUCCACUGCCUCCCGCAGUUUGGUCAAACUCAUGCUGGUAGCUUCGAGAACACUGUCCCGCCAUCUCGUCCUCUGUCGUCCCCUUCUCCUUGUGCCCUCCAUCUUUCCCAACAUCAGGGUCUUUUCCAGGGAGUCUUCUCUUCUCAUGAGGUGGCCAAAGUAUUGGAGCCUCAGCUUCAGGAUCUGUCCUUUCAGUGAGCACUCAGGGCUGAUUCACACACACACACACACACACACACACACACUUGUAAAUCUGUCUGUACUUUGUUACCCAGAGCUCAAAUGUACGACAUUUCACACAUAUGCAAUACAUACAGGCCAGGGCAAUAAAUAAAUAAAUAGGGGGUCUUAUUCCUAUGAGGGGGGCAAGCUUUAUUCCACAUCCGGCAUUGGCAAACUCUGGCCCUUCAGAUGUUUGAGACUACAAUUCCCAUCAUCCCUAGCUAACAGGACCAGUGGUCAGGGAUGAUGGGAAUUGUAGUCCCAUACAUCUGCAGGGACGGAGUUUGCCUAUGCCUGUUCCACAUGUUAGAUGUUUGAAAGGUAGAGGAAACAAUGGGGUAGGGCAAGCCUUCUCCCCCACCCUCCUCUCUCAAAUACCAUGUAGAUAACUAUGUUCAGAACUUCUAGGGGGCUUCUAGGCCACACUGACACAAACCCUCCUGUUCCUAGAGCCCCGAAACUUGUUGCUUUCUGUGGGGCUGAGCCUGGCACUCUGCAUCCUGUAUUGAAUCAAUGCAGCGUGUAGCAUUCCACACUGAAAUACGGGACGAUCCCGUAUUAUACAAGACAGGUGGCAACCAUACCUGUAUACCUCUGAAUAUUUCUGAAUGGGAGGGUGCUGUGGCAUCUGUUUGCGGGCUUCCCACAGGCAUCUGGUUGGCCACUGAUACUGGAUUCUGGAUUUUGAAGGCCCAUUAGCCUGAUCCAGUAAGACUCUCCUUGUGGCACUGGUGAUGAGCCUGUGGCCCUCAAAGAUGUUUCCGGAUUCCCAUGCCAGCACUGACCAUGAGGCCAGGAGACUGGAGCGCAAUUGCAGGCAGAAACACCUGUUACCGGGGGGGAGGUUCAUGUGAAAGUGGCCGUGCUGCCUGCAGGACAUUCAGGUGUUCUCUUCUUCCAACUAUACAGUGGUGCCCCGCAAGACGAAUGCCUCGCAAGACGGAAAACCCGCUAGACGAAAGGGUUUUCCGUUUUGGAGGUGCUUCGCAAAACGAAUUUCCUAUGGGCUUGCUUCGCAAGACGAAAAUGUCUUGCGAGUUCCUGCGGGGUUUUUUUUCCUUUCCCCCCCUUUUUCCCAAGCCGCUAAGCCGCUUAACAGCUGAUCGCUAAGCCGCUUAACAGCUGAUCCGCUAAGCCGCUUAUCAGCUGAUCCGCUAAGCCACUAAGCCGCUUAUCAGCUGAUCAGCUAAGCCCGCUAAGCCGCUAAUAGCGCUAAUCCGCUAAACCGCUAAUGGGCUUGCUUCGCAAGACGAAAAAACCGCAAGACGAAGAGACUCGCGGAACGCAUUCUUUUCGUCUUGCGAGGCACCACUGUACUUUGAACUUGGUGUGCUUUGGAGUCUUACAUGUAACCUGUGAUUUCACUUUCAUUCCACCAAGGAGUUCAGGGUAGCGUACAUGUCAGUAUUCGUCAAUGUUCUUUUUCUAAACAAAAGUUUUAAUCAUUGAUGCAUCUUCCGUUUCUGUGACUUCAAAUGAUAUUAUACUCAUCAGCCAAGGUCUCAAACUAUUGCUCUUGCUGAAAGCAAGGUGAAAGAGCAAUGUCGUCCAUCUUCCGAGGGUUGAAAAAUCACCUGCUGAGAACUAUUUUUGAAAUUUGAGAACUAUUUUUGAUAACCAAUGAGGAAAGGUGAUCAUUCUACAUCUGGCAUGUGAGAGGUUCAUAGACCUUCACUGAAGAACCCGGAUUAUAUUUGACUUCACUUUCUUCACGUUUGUAUACAUGUUGUUGAUACAUGGCUAUUAUGACAAUCUUUCAGUUCCUGGAUUCAACAAGCCGAAGUUUCUGAAUUGUGCGGGUUUUGUGCAAGGUUGUAUCUUCUAAGUUUUAGAUUUUUGUACCUAAGGGAGGAACUCAAUAUGUUGUCGGUGCAAACAGACCAAUCUCCCCUCGUAAUUAUCGUUAAGGGUUAAGCAGGAGUAUUAUUAAACCAAGAACUUUAUUUAAACAAGCUUUCUUCAACUCCUAACUCUCUCUGAUCCUCCUGCUCUUUGUCUAUAUACCAUAUUUUUUGCUCUAUAAGACUCACUUUUUCUCUCCUAAAAAGUAAGGGGAAAUGUGUGUGCAUCUUAUGGAGCGAAUGCAGGCUGUGCAGCUAUCACAGAAGCCAGAACAGCAAGAGGGAUUGCUGCUUUCACUGCGCAGCGAUCCCUUUUGCUGUUCUGGCUUCUGGGAUUCAGAAUAAUUUUUUUCUUGUUUUCCUCCUCCAAAAACUAGGUGUGUCUUGUGGUCUGGUGCGUCUUAUAGAGCGAAAAUACGGCACUUUCUGGGCCGAAUGACUUCUUGGUAGCUGUUCCCUUAACCUGUGUCUUCCCUCUCUGUGUCAUUAAAUUGAAACUUGAGAUAGACUCCAAUAUGAAGCUGGCGAGAACUCCCAAAAGAAGGGCACCAAUAGCCUGGCAGAACCACUGAAGCUGGAACUGGCUAGUCUAAUAAUAAUAAUAUUAUAAUAAUUUAUUAUUUAUACCCCAGCCACUCUGGGUGGCUUCCAACCAAAGCUCUACAAGCAAAAGGCAUAAUUGCCCCAAGUAGAUAAUACUACAGCAUAGAUCAGCAGCCUAGUUAUUCUCCUAACCCUCUUGCUUAGUUCCACAUACAGUGGUACCUCGGGUUACAAACGCUUCAGGUUACAUAUGCUUCAAGUUACACACUCCACUAACCCAGAAAUUCAGGUUAAGAACUUUGCUUCAGGAUGAGAACAGGAAUCAUGCUCCGGUGGCGUGACGGCAGCAGGAAGCCCCAUUAGCUAAAGUGGUGCUUCAGGUUAAGAACAGUUUCAGGUUAAGAACAGACCUCCAGAACAAAUUAAGUACUUAACUCGAGGUACCACUGUACAUUGAUGCGCUCCCCACCAUGCACUGUUCUGGGGGUUCUCCUGAACCCCCUCCCCCAAGCCAGUGUGAUGAGAGAGGAGGGAAAGCUCCAUGGUGCUAGCAGAAAUCCCCGUGUGGGCUUCUCCUUAGCAGGACCCGUUAGUUGAAUUUAGCCUCGUUUUUUAAGUCUUGCGUUUAUGAGCAAUUUAAAUUCCGCUCUCGUCACAUGCUUAUAUAAACAUUGCAAAUACAUUUCUUCUUGUUUUGCAAUGCAGCUGUUAAGUUGACUUUAUAAGAUGGUGAAAAAUGCAAUAUAUUUUUCAUCUAAGCUUCCCCCCCCCCCUUUUUUUUUUGUUUACCUUGACCUUUGUGGUCUGUGUUCUUUGUUUCUGGUGCGCAGUCAAUUAUAUUUUAUCUCCGUUCUGGUUUGUUUUGGAGAAAGGAAUUGUGCCCAUCUGCCUGUGUGUGUCUGCCUGUGUGUGUGUGUGUGUGUGUGUGUGUGUGUGAGAGAGAGAGAGAGAGAGAGAGAGAGAGAGAGAAUUGGGGAGAGAAUGAAAGAGAAGACCUUUCAUCUCACGCCCUCCACUCUCCAUAUCAUAUCAUUAACCAUUCCAGACAUUCCUGAGCAGAGAGGUCUCCACCUGCAACAGGGACGCCUCAACCUUGGUGUAUCAGGCAAUUUGAAUGCAAAUGAAUUUGGUCUUUUGGUGGGGAGGGGCAGCUUCAAGAGCGGAACAGAAUCCUGAGAGAGACUGAUAAGGGGUGGAAGGAAGGUGUGUGCCUUUGUAGGGGGUUAGGGAUGAGUUAGGAAUGACCAGGCAGUGGAGAUUAACUAAAGAAGAGGGUUGCGUUGUGAUCCUUCUCUCUUUCGCCCCUUUUGCUACGGAUCUCUUCCUGAAGGCGAUCCUGCAUCUGUACACGGGGAGAGGAGGUUGACAAUAUGUUCCAGAAUAAGAGCAGCCGUGCAGAGUAUCCCAAUAGCCUGCCUUUGCUCAGCAUCUCUGCUUUAUAGAGAGGAGCAGGGGUGUGUGGUUUUUUUUGGGGGGGGGCAGGAAGGGCAUAAUAGCUCAGUCAUGGAGCAUGUGGUUUGCAUGCAUAAAACCUCAGCUGGACUUCAGGUUGUAGCAUAGUGCUCAGGAACCAUUUCCAGCCUCCCUAAGUCUGAGGAGGGAGAAAGAGACUGCGUGAUGGUCACCAGCCAUGAUAGUUACGCUCUGACUCUACAGUUGGGGGCAGCAAUGCUUCUGAAUAGGUAAAAGGUAAAGGACCCCUGGGCGGUUAAGUCCAGUCAAAGGCGACUAUGGGGUUGCGGUGCUCAUCUCGCUUUGAGGCCGAGGGAGCCGGUGUUUGUCCACAGAGAGUUUUCCGGGUCAUGUGGCCAGCAGGACUAAACCACUUCUGGCGCAACGGGACACCGUGGCAGAAACCAGAGCGCAUGGAAACGCCGUUUACCUUCCCGCCACAGCGGUACCUAUUUAUCUACUCACACUGGCAUGCCUUCUAACUGCUAGGGCAGGAGUCAAAAAACUUUUUCAGCAGGGGGCCGGUCCACUGUCCCUCAGACCUUGGUGGGGGGUUGAACUAUAUUUUUUUGGGGGGGAAUGAAUGAAUUCCUGUGCCCCACAAAUAACCUAGAGAUUCAUUUUAAAUAAAAGCACACAUUCUACUCAUGUAAAAACACCAGGCAGGCCCCACAAAUAACCCAAAAAUGCAUUUUAAAUAAAAGGACACAUUCUACUCAUGUAAAAACACGCUGAUUCCCGGACCAUUUAGAAGGCGAUUAGGCCAGAUCUGGCCCCCGGGCCUUAGUUUGCCUACCCAUGUGCUAGGGUGACAGGAGCUGGGACAGAGCAACGGGAGCUCACCCCGUUGCGUGGAUUCGAACCGCCGACCUUCCUACCAGCAAGCCCAAGAGACUCAGUGGUUUAGACCACAGUGCCACCCGCGUCCCUGCUUCUGAAUACCAGUUGCUGGAGGCCACAGGAGGGGAGUGUGUUCUUGCAGCCGAGAAUCAUGGGAGCUGUAGUUUGUUAAGGGUGCUGAGAGGGGAGACCCCACCCCAAUUCCCCUCACAGAACUACGGUUCUCAAAGCGGCUUAAGAGUCAAUCUCAGGAGCUCCAGGAAUGAUACCUCUGGGAGGGGAGGGAAUAAAGACAUUUUGGUGCCUGAGGUGACCCAAAAUGGUGUCCCCCUCCCCACCAGGGAAGAAGGGGUGAGUGAAGAUCUACAUCAGGAACACAGGGAGAGGAAGGAAUAAAAAUCUGCAUCAGGAUCUGCUGCCCCUAGGAAUCCUGCCACCCAAGGCUUUACUUUGCCUCAUGUACAGGUCCUUUGCCAAUAGUGCAGGGGUGUUCAUUGGGGCUAAUUCCAAAAGGCAGGGGCCACCACGCUGAAGGCCCUGACCCCUCGGUGGUCUUGAACACAGAUACACCAUGUCUAUCAACACAGAAUCCUGCCUCAAGGCCCACAUUUUUCAUCAAGGAGCCUUUUCACUAGUGUAAAUCAAUUAAUAAAUCACCCUUUCAUACUGUAAUUCUAGAUGAGCAAGCACUGGCCCUCCCAUAUGUCAUUGGACUCCCAUCAUCCCUGACCUUUGGCAAUUCUGGCUGGAGCUGAUGUGAGUUUCAAACACCUGGGGAGGCAGGGUUCCUAACUCUGUUCUACAACAUCUAAAAUCUACUUGCUAGUGUACAAAAAUAAAACAGAAGACAAUUCCUGCCCGCAGGCAUAUAUAACCUAAAUAAGGCAGGCAGACAAGGAGAGUUCUGGGAGGGCCAGUACGAUUUUGAGCACAAUUCAAAGUGUUAGUGCUGACCUUUAAAGCCCUAAAGGUCUUAGGGUGAUAUGAUAGCCAUGUUCAAAUAUGUAAAAGGAUGUCACAUAGAGGAGGGAGAAAGGUUGUUUUCUGCUGCUCCAGAGAAGCGGACACGGAGCAAUGGAUCCAAACUACAAGAAAGAAGAUUCCACCUAAACAUUAGGAAGAACUUCCUGACAGUAAGAGCUGUUCGACAGUGGAAUUUGCUGCCAAGGAGUGUGGUGGAGUCUCCUUCUUUGGAGGUCUUUAAGCAGAGGCUUGACAACCAUAUGUCAGGAGUGCUCUGAUGGUGUUUCCUGCUUGGCAGGGGGUUGGACUCGAUGGCCCUUGUGGUCUCUUCCAACUCUAUGAUUCUAUGAUUCUAUGAUUCUAAACGACUUCGGCCCAGUAUACCUGGAGGAGCGUCUCCACCCCCAUCAUUCAGCCCGGACACUGGGGUCCAGCUCUGAGGGUCUUCUGGCAGUUCCCUCACUGCGAAAAGUUACAGGCAGAGGGCCUUCUCGAUGGUGGCGCCCACCCUGUGGAACGCUCUCCCAUCAGAUGUCAAGGAAAUAAACAACUAUCUGACUUUUAGAAGACAUCUGAAAGCAGACCUGUUUAGGGAAGUUUUAAAUGUUUGAAGUUUUAUUGUGUUUUUAAUAUUCUGUUUAAUAAAUUAGUAGUAGUAGUAGUAGUAGUAGUAGUAGUAGCAAUAAUGAUGAUGAUGAUGAUAGGGCAGGGACGGAAUAGCAUGAUGGGACAGGAAUAGCUUGUCAUUUUACAGGUUGAACAUUUUAAAUGGCUCUUUACAAGAAAAAGGGAGAGAGAGAGCUUUGCUCUUCUUAACCUGGCAACCUUUCUGCAUUAGGAUUCAAACCCCAGAUCCUCAGUUGCUGGAUGCUGGUUUGUGUCCAUAGUGCCAGGCUCUGUGGAUGCUGUUGGUGAAUUUUUAGCCACCCAUAUGCUCAUUGAAGGAGUGGAAGGAGGUGAGGGGUGGGGGGGAGAGCCUUGAGGCCUCCAGGCACAACAUCCCUCCAUCUCCAUGCUCCCCUCCUCUUUGAGCCCAGCUGCUGCCUCCCUCUCUCUGGCACCUAGGCCAAAAGCCAGGCAAGAGUUCCACAUCGCUUCUGCUCUGCGUUUGUGUAAAUGUCACUCCUUCCUGCAGGGAGCUGGGAGAGUGUUUUCCAGGACACAGCGCUGGCUACAGCCAACCAGAGACCUCAGCGUUCUCUCUCCCUCUCUCCCAGCACAUCUCUCUCAAUUCUCCCCAGUGAGAAAACCAAGCUUGAGAAAGAAGUGGGGGUGGAUGGAAUAUAGGGAACCGGAAAGGAUGGAUGCGGAUGGGGAAACGAACCCCCGUGACGCUUGCACACUGCUCUGGAUUCUAAAUUGGCUGCUGCCGCUGAAGAGAGAGAGAAAGAGGAGGGGGAGAUCUAUUUAGUCAUUUGCACGCAGCGGAAUGUGCUGAAUCAUCAAGAAGUCGAGCCAAAGGUGUCGCUGCAUCUCUCACAACACCUCGCAGAGAGGAGGGCUGGUGGAAGGACACCUUUGACAGACGAACAGGCGGGUGGGGUGCCGUAUCUGCUGAGUCCCUUUCUCUUGAAGGGGAGGAGGAGGAGAAGAAGCUUUGCCCGUGAAAGGAACUCACGUUUUUGUUUUGCCCAAAUGUUCUCGGUUUGCCCGCUUCGCUUGAAGAGAUGCUGAUAAUAUACGACAGGCACCCCUGGUAGCAGGAGAGCAAGAGAAGAUCCCUGCUUGCAGUAUAGCCAUCAACAUCAUCAUGAUUUUAUUAUUUAUACCCCUCCCAUCUGGCUGGGUUUCCCCAGCCACUCUGGGCGGCUUACAACAUAUCUAAAAACAUAAUAAAAAUACCAAUCCUUAAAAACUUCCCUAAACAGGGCUACCUUCAGAUGUCUUCCAAAAGUCAGAUAGUUGUUUAUUUCCUUAACAUCUGAAGGGAAGGCGUUCCACAGGGAGGGCGCUUAGUUCCCUGUAACUUCACUUCUCGCAGUGAGGGAACUGCCAGAAGGCCCUUGGAGUUGGACCUCAGUGUCCUGGCUGAACGAUGGGGGUGGAGACGCUCCUUCAGGUAUACUGGGUCAAGGCCGUUUAGGGGUUUAAAGGUCAGCAUCAACACUUUGAAUUGUGCUCCGAAAGAUACUGGGAGCCAGUAAAGAUCCUUUAGGAUCAGUGUUAUAUGGUCCCAGCGGCCACUCCUGGUCACCAGUCUAGCUGCCGCAUUCUGGAUUAAUUAUGGUUUCUGAGUCACCUUCAAAGGUAGCCCCACGUAGAGCACAUUGUAGUGGUCCAAGCGGGAGAUAACCAGGGCAUGCACCACUCUGACGAGACAGUCUAUAGGGUCUCAGCCUGCGUACCAGAUGGAGCUGGUAAACAGCCGCCCUGGACACAGAAUUGACCUGCGCCUCCAUGGACAGCUGUGAGUCCAAAAUGACUCCCAUCUGGUCUUUUAGGGGCAUGGUUACCCCGUUCAGGACCAGGAAGUCCCCCACAUCCACCCGCCCCCUGUUCCCCAAGAACAGUGAUUCACCUGGGGAGCUUCUCCAAUCACCACUGGUCACUGGCUGGGUUUCUACAUGCCCCACCGAUUUUAAAGGUGCAGGAUGGGGCCCCGGAAAGGUGACGACAACCCUACACACAUAUAUUGACUAGUGAUAAGCAGGUGGCUUGUUUUAGUUUCCCUUUCCGUUGUUUCUUUCUUUUUAUUUUCAGAUCUUGAGCGUUCAUAAAUCUUGUUGAUUUAUAAGUCCUGGUGUCACAACAAGGCCAGCAUGUAAUGUUCAGCUGUAGCAGCACAGGCCUGGAACAUACCGUCAGGACGGAAUAGGAGGACUCUAAGAGCCUCUCUCCGGAUAAGCCCUGAGAUUGAUAUUAUGGCUCAGCUGAGCUGCGCAUAAUACGAUUAAGGAGAUGAACUCGGGCGGUUGGUCCCAACAAGAUCUCGGCACCUGCAGGGAUGUGAGAAAUGAGAAAUGAAAGGGCAGAGGCUGGAUUUUCGUAAGGGGGUGGGUGGGUGGGUUGGCGGUCUGGCUGUAGGUUGGGUUGGUUCGCUCUUAGCAGUUGGACUUAGGAUAGGCAUGUAGUUGCGGCUGGAUUUCAGAGUCAUCCACAUCUGUAAAAUGUAGCAAAUCUGUCGGAGAACAGCUAAGUUAACAGAAGAGAAGGAAACGCUCUCUUCCCUUCUCCUAACCAAAAUGUCCUUACAAAAAUUUGAACGUGCUGUCUCCUGCUUUGAACAUACACAUUUAUUUCACAACAGUGGAUGCUGUACAACAGUGGACUUGGAUGAAAGGGUAUUGCUUCUCGUAGGCAACCUGUUUGUUGAGCAUUCAUCCCAAUGGGUUUGUGGAAAAUUCAAGCGAUGUUAAGUCGCGGCAAGUGCCUUUCCACUCUUUUUAGUGUGUUUUCCACUCACUUCCCUUCAAACGUCCAACCUUUGAGAAAGAGGUUUUGUUACACUACACCUCCCAAGUCAGCUACCAUUGCGCAACCUGAAUUUGCCAGGAUGCAAUGGAAUCACACCCCAAAAUAGCAGCACUCUGGAAGUGCCCUAAAACAAUCUAGCAUUCAUAUUGGUUGGCUUGUUUAAUUUAUUAUUAUUAUUAUUAUUAUUAUUAUUUUGGUUUCUAUGGUUUUGUUUGUUUGUUGCCUAAAAAGGAUAUUCUGUUUCUUAAUGUCUGAUGUUUUGUUGUGUUUUUAUAUUAUUAUUCUUUGGCGAUCACUCGUAGCCGAGUAAGAUUGUCUUCCAUGAACAUGGUCUUUACAGUGAGUCCAUAAGUGACUGUGGAGGCCAAUUCUGGAUCCACACGUCCUUCCACAGUGGGGACAUAGGUUUCCAGGUGGAAGUUGAUCAUGGUGUGGGUUUGCCAAGUGUGGCUUCUACUUAGCACGUUUCUCCCUUGCGUCCUGAGUUUGAGUGUCUUCAAAACCCAUGACACCUUUGGUAAAGGCUGUUCUCCAUUGGUGCACUCGCAGGCCAGUGUUUCCCACUUGUCGGUGUUUAUACUACUUUUUUUAGAUUUGCCUUGAGAGAGUCCUUGAACCUCUUUUGUUGACCACCAGCAUUACGCUUAGCAUUUUUAAGUUCGGAAUAGAGUAGUUGUGUUUUUAUAUAUGCCGCAAGCUGCCCAGAGUGGCUGGGGAAACCCAGCCAGGUGGGCGGGAUAGAGCCAUUUAGGUCGACUUAAUUAUUUUAAAAGGUGGAAAAUACAGUGUCUUCUUUAGUUAUAGGUUUUUAAGCCUCUCCCAUCCUCUCGCACCCCAGCCUCCGCCUGAACCUCCUUAGCCGAGAUUUUAAAAGAAUUCCCCUCCUCCCAUUGCUCUGUGUUGUACCUGAGAGUGUGUGUGUGAGUGUGUAUGUAUAUAUAAGCAUCUUGUCAAGGUAAGAAUAGCUAGGAUGAUGACUCACAUUCCUGUCUGGUUCUAGCUAAUGAGCAUCCUUCCACACACCCAGUGCAGGUUUCAUAUGUCUCCAACCAGGCUUGUUCCUCCCUCCACAUUCAGCCCAGGCAGAGGUCCCACAACUGACGUUGUGCUGCAAAAGCAGAGGGUGGUCUACAGAGGAAGGUGUAUACACGACACCCCACACUGUAUCAGCAGCACACAAUCUGGUGAACGAGGCCUGAGCCUCUGGCGGAGUGGGGUGGUGAUGGGGAACCUGCAGCCUCCUCUCUUCUUUAUCCUCAACCCCGUGACGCAGUCUGACCGACUGCUGAAAAUGAGUUGGAGUCAAUCAAGCACCUCGAUAUGAGUGAACAAAAAGGAACUCUUUGGCUGCUGUCAUGCCUCUGGCUGUAGGAUCCCACACAGCGGAAACAGGCAAAGCAGAUUAUGCAGACAAAAGCGUGGUCCGGGAGACAGAAUAUUCUAUACCUGCAGCAUCACUUGAUGGAUGCCUAUGCAAAUCACCCCACCUUUUCUCUUGCAAUCCACCAAGAUCGGGGCUGCUGGUAGCAAUCUGCAGAAGUAAUUAAAAACUAAGCGCCCCUAAGCACACAGAGAGUGCAUUUCCUUUGCAAAUGAGUAACCGUGGUUUGUCGCCAUACAAGAGGGUUUCUAUGGGGAAAGUGGGGUCUGCUUCGAGCGUAGGUUCAGCUCCGGCUCCUUGUUCUUCAGAAAUGAAGCAGCAAUCUAAGGAAGGAGAAUCUAUCAUGUCACCAGCCCCUUUCCCCUGGUGUUUAGUCUAAACAUGCAUUCCUAUAGUUAAAAAGGAUUUUCUUCUUGGGCUGGUCUUGGUUGUUAACGGGAAAAUCCGAGGGCUCCCUUGGACAAAAACAAAGACACCAACCAGGAUAACUUGGAGCAAAACAGCAGCCUGUAAGCUUGGCCUUUAUUGAACUGUUGCAACAGGGUGCUCCCCUCACUUGCAGGAGAGAGGAAAGACCCAGAAAAAAAUGGUGUGCAAGGUCUUAUAAAGACUUUUGAAAUUCCCAUCCUGUAGAUCAAGCCCACCCCCAGAAACAUCAUGCAUACAUCACAGAAAGGAGGGGUUGAGGGAGGAGUUGUGGUGGUAACCUGAGUGUCCUGUCACCUGGCUGGGUCCCCCUUUCCCCCUCUCCAUGAGUACUUUCCAGGUGACAGAGGGGAGUUUGCAGUUUCCUGCCCCCAGAGGGAAGAGCUGAUUAUUGUCCUUUGUUCCAGUCCAUGCCAAAUCCACUCCCAUAUGCAAGUUCUUUGUGAUCUUGAUGGUCUUCUGUCUAGGACCAUCAGGGUUGGCAUAGCAACUGGGCAGGGCUCCUGUGUAUGUGCUGGUAUGCUCAAGGAUUAUGGCUGCCCUGUAUCAAACCUUUCCCAUUUUGUAGUCCUUCCUUCAUGGAGUAAAAUAAAAGUGGAACAGUGCAAAUCCGAUGUAUGGUUGAUUUUCUAUGAAUUUAUAACAGAAGCGUAGCAUAUGUAGUGUGUGAGUGUGAGUGUAUGUGAAGGUUGUACAAACUGAAUGAUUGGGGGGGGGUGUUUCCUGCUACAGGUGGAGAGGGUCAAAGCAACAUCUCCUUUCCGGGACCCUUUAAAAUAUUAGGAGACUGUUGUCCUAUCUCCUUUCAAUAUGUCCUGUUAAAUAGCUUAAUGCACCUAUUUUAGUCUUCCGUCAUACAUUUUCCCACCAACGCUAAGGCUUUUAUGUAUAUCCUACAGCACAACGACAUCCAGAGAAGCUUAGCCUCUGUCUCAAAAAAAAGGUUUCUAGACCUUAUGAAUGUAAGGAUAGAACCUGAAAACAUGUGAGCAGUACCUGAGCCCUUGGAUAGCAGCUGAGUAAGGCUUUCAGGGGUCAGAGGGCAGGAUGUGAAUUCUUUGCCAAGCUCCUGGCACUGCUGCCCCCCUGCCCCUUAGCAUUGGGCAGAAUAGACGCAUGCAUGCAUGACAAACUUAAAAGUGCAUAAUAUAGUAGUGCAAGCAGUCUCUGGUGCAGAAUUUGGGUUAUGUAAGCGAGCUUGAGAAUUUGCAUAGAAUAAAGUAUUGUUGUGAGAGUCGGAGGCUGAAGGGCUGGACUAGAGCCUGUCUUAAAAGUCCCUUGGCAAAGCUGCCAGGUCCCUCCUUCGUCGUGAAAACAACAGGCAAAUGGUCCAAAAGGCCUCUAUCUGUGCAACCCUUAGAACUGAGGAGGGUGACUUCCUUGCACCUGCAUAGGAAACCAAGGGCUGAUUUUGAGAAAGAGAGGAGCAGAGAUCUGCCUCUGGGCUCUGUGAGUAUCUUAGGACGCUACGUCGCCCUCCUGCUAGAGAUCUGAUGUGGAAGCCGUGAACUGCAGCUGCCUGUUCGGAGUGUUUCAGCUGCACCUCCACCUAUGCGCAACCUGCAUAUUUGCAAACAAACACAAAUGUCGCAAAAUGCUGAAAAGGCCUCUAGUGACCUCCUUGUAUGAAGGGAACCAAACCUGGGAAAGAGCCGAACCCCUUGGAACAUGGUUUGUGGGGGAAGCCUACCUGUAUAUACCUGUUAGACGUCUUGCAGAGGUCCCGGCUCCUUUCCAGACUGCAAAGCAGAGCAAUUGAUUUCAGCCCUGUUGCGUUAACCACAUGCCUCCCCCCCCCCAUUUAUUUCUUUGUUCCAUCCAGCUCUCUGCCUGGUGCUGGGCUGCAUGAUAUUCCCAGAUGGCUGGGAUUCAGAGACCGUCAGGGACAUGUGUGGGGAGAAGACGGGCAAGUACUCGCUGGGCGACUGCUCCGUGCGCUGGGCUUACAUCCUAGCCAUCAUUGGCAUCUUGAAUGCCCUCAUCCUCUCCUUCCUGGCCUUUGUCCUCGGCAACCGGCAGAACGACCUGCUUCACGAGGAGCUCAAAACAGAGAACAAAGGUGAGUGUCGCUGCCCUCCCCGUGCCCCUCUGUGAUGCAAGCUCUGAAGCAGAUAUUGGGAGUGCAUAAGGUAGAGCUUUGGAAAGGAGGUGUGAGGGCUCUGACAAGGUCCCAGAGUCCUCCUGCCUCCUUCCCAAAGCAUAGUUAGUGCUUCCCCAGCUUUUAGGAGGAGGUGGGAGGGUGACAAGCCAAAGUGCGGCCCACGAGUUGUGUGUAGAAGUACUCUUGCGGCCCACUUGCUAUGAACAGUUGGGCAGCCCUUAGAUAGAGGGAGCCUACCUUUCCUGGCGCUGUGGGUUAAACCACAGAGCUUAGGACUUGCCGAUCAGAAGGUCGGCGGUUCGAAUCCCUGCGACGGGGUGAGCUCACGUUGCUCGGUCCCUGCUCCUGCCCACCUAGCAGUUCAAAAGCACGUCAAAGUGUAAGUAGAUAAAUAGGUACCGCUCCGGCGGGAAGGUAAACGGUGUUUCCAUGUGCUGCUCUGGUUCGCCAGAAGCGCCUUAGUCAUGCUGGCCACAUGACCUGGAAAAACUGCGGACAAAUGCCAGCUCCUUGGCCUAUAGAGCGAGAUGAGUGCCACAACCCCAGAGUCGUUCAGGGGUCCCUUUACCUUUACCUUUCCUGAGAAAUAACUUCUAGGUUCACCUUUAUGCUCUGGUGAAGCACAGUCCAAAAAGGUGAGGAAGGGCAGAAACCUUCUCCAUCCCUGGUCCAAGAAGGGCAUCAUCCUCACCCUGCCACAUGACCAAUCUCGCAAAAACCCAGUGCUCGCAAGGGUUCCCUAUCCACCUAAACAGGCUGGCAGAAGUUGCCGCGUGUCGUUUUCUUUGCAAGUUUGCAAAUUGAUAUCUAGCGUGGAAUUCAGCAUGCCGAGAAUUUUGCUAAUUUUUUUUUUUUUUGAAAAUAAUAUUUAUUACUUUCCCAACAAUUUAAACACUACAAAAAAAAGAAAAGGAAAAAAAAGAAAAAAGAAAACAAAACAAACAACAACAAAAAAUACAAUACAAUACAAGAACAACACAUUAAACUAACAAAAUAAAACAAAAACAGUUUAAAACACAUCAAAGGAUUUCAAUAUCUUAUCUUUCAUUCACUUAUUUCAAUGACCUCCUCACACCUCCCUUUUUGUAUUCCACUUCUGUUAGUUGUUUCAGCAAUUCCUUUCCAUCUUCCUCUGCUUUCCAUCCUUUAAUUAUCUUAACAGAUUCUAACCUUAUUUUUCCCUUUAAUACUCUAUUAAUCUAUUUAUACUUAAUUCCUUAUAACAUUUCUACUAAAGCCAUAUAACUUCAUUCCAGCAUUUUUCUAACAUUCAUUAAUUUUACAGUAUUUCUGUAAAUAGUCUUUAAACUUUUUCCAGUCUUCUUCCACCGACUCUUCUCCCUGGUCUCGGAUUCUGCCAGUCAUUUCCGCCAAUUCCAUGUAGUCCAUCAACUUCAUCUGCCAUUCUUCCCGGGUGGGUAGAAUUUUGCUAAUUUUCCUGCCUCCCAUGGCUAUAGAUAAUUUUAAAGACAGCCAGGGGCAGUUUGCGGAAUCUCAAAAGCCAGCGGGGUGUCUGAAGAGAACCCACCCAAUACACACUAGCAAGGGGGUGGGCUUCAGGUGUUGCACCCCUCAUUAUUUGCCCCUCCCCAUAAGCAGAAGGAGACCUGCAUGGAGGAAACCAGAGGCGUGUUUGUUUAGUAUGUGUGAUCUGUUCAGAUCAGAGAACUGUGUUGCAGGUUUUUAUUGGGUGCAGCGUGCAUGCAUAUAGCAUAUUAAAGCUGUGCCCUCAAUAAGUGAAAUACGUCUUACACAAAACAGAAGCAGUUCAUUAUAUAUACCAAAUUUAGGAAACCUUUGGCCCUCCAAAUAUUGCUGAGCCGCAGCAAAUAUGGCCAGUGUUCGGGGAUGGUGGGAGCUGUAGUUCAGUGACAUGUGGAGUAUCAAAGGCUCCCCACACCUGAUUAUAUACACCAGGGAUAGGCAAACUCGGGCCUCCAAAUGUUUUGGGACUACAACUCCCAUCACCCCUGACCACUGGUCCUGUUAGCUAGGGAUGAUGGGAGUUGUAGUCCCAAAACAUCUGGAGGGCCAAGUUUGCCUAUGCCAUACACACACACACACACACACACACACACACACACACACACUCUCUCCUUCAUGAUGAAGGCCAGACUAACUUUCAUUUUCAUCCAAUACUGCUCCCACCCAAGGAAGUAGUUGCUGCAAGGGCUGGAAAGGCAAGAGAAGGUGCACCAUUACGUUUACAAAAAUGUGAAGCAUGCAUAAAAUGCACACAUUCCUGAAAAUAACCUUUUAGAAAUGCAUUACGAGGCGAAAGUGCUUUUAAAAAAUGUGUUCACGGUUAUAAAAUGCUGUACAAAUGUCUGUAUUAGGAGAAACCCCUGCUAAAAUGCUUUUGAGUUUUCGUUGCAGUUGUACCUCGGUUGCCAAAUGGGAUCCGUUCCGGAAGUCCGUUCAACUUCCGAAAACGGUUUGACAACCAAGGAGUGCGGCUUCCGAUCGGCUGCAGGAGCUUCUUGCACUCAAUCGGAAGAUGCAUCGGACGUUCGGCUUCAAAGAACGUUUGCAAACCGGAACACUCACUUCCAGGUUUGCAGCGUUCAGGAGCCAAAACGUUCGAGUCGCAAGGCAUUCGGGAUCCAAGGUAUAACUGUAUUUGUAUCAGUGCCGGAUUUACAUAUAUGCUAAACAAGCUAUAACUUAGGGGCCCACUCUCUUGGAGGCCCCUCAAAAAAUUAAAGGGGAAAAAACUGGAUGUACAUUUCCAAAAUAUAAGAUAAAAAGCAAAUUAAAUAAAACCUACAUACAGUGGUACCUCUGGAUGCAAACGGGAUCCAUUCCGGAGCCCCGUUCGCAUCCUGAAGCGAAUGUAACACUCAACUGCAUGUGCGCAGGUCACGUUUUGCCGUUUCCGCGCAUGCGCGUGAUGUCACUUUGAGCGUCUGUGCAUGCGCGAGCAGCGAAACCCGGGAGUAACACGUUCCGUUACUUCCGGGUUGCCGCGGAGCGCAACCUGAAAAUGCUCAACCUGAAGCGUAUUCAUCCCAAGGUAUGACUGUACAGCCACAGUGGCAAAUGGCUUUAGAUACCUAUUAGGUCCAUAAAUUACCAUAUAGCAUAUAUUCAACUAAAAAAAAACCAGUGACAAUUUGUUGUUGACAAAGGACAGCUGGACAUAUAAAGGGCCCCAUUACCUUCAGUAGCUUGGGGCCUCAUCAAACCUAAAUGCGGCUCUGAUUUAUAUAUAUAACAAACUGAUGUGGAAAUGUGAGAUCUGAAUUAAGACUAGAAAAAAUUAAGAAACUGAGAGAAACUGAAAUCGACGGACUUUCCCAUCCCUAUAUACAGACUUAGGAUCUCUCUCACACACAGAGACCAUUUGUGCUCUUUAAAUCAGCCUCCCAGCCCUCCACUUUUGGACCAAGGUGCAUUCAAACUCCAGGGUUCUGCUGCUGCCACUCUGAGUCCUUUAGGCCAUGGAGGGAAAACAGCGGCCACCUUCUGCUUCUGCUUCCCCUGGCCUUGCCGAGGCUUGGGUGGGAGCCAGGGAAACCGAAGGUGCCUAAUUGGAAAUGUAAUUAAUCAUAAUAAAUCUCCUGGCCUCCGGGCUUGGUCCAUCUGUUCGAAUCAAGACAAGGCAGUCUCGCCAGCCAGAACCCAAGUGCUUGAGCAGCAGUCACUGCUGCUGGGAGGGAACCGCGAGCCAAGCAAAUCCCUGCUUUUUGUCGAUGCACAGAGAGAAAAACAAAAUAUUCCUUGUGCACACUUGUCCUGAGGUCAGUAGAUCCUGCAGCAACCCACUCGUCUGCGGACCCUACAGUGACUGCCUCCGAAAACAAUUACCUUCCCCAGGUCUUUUUCAAACAAGGGAUGAAUAAGUCACAUUAACCCUUUCCCAACCCAAAUUAAGCAGCCUUGUAUCCUUUCCUUUGUUUGCUAGCUUUGCAGCAAUUCCUUAUUCCCGAGCAUUUAUCAGCAAUAAGUCAGCGAUAAUUUGCAGAGCUGCUUCUCCUGCAGAUCAAGUGGAUUUUAAAGGCAGAGCUUGCAAGAGCUGGUUGGAAGAGUUGGCAGACUUUGUCCAACCUCACAUGCCAUGGGGCAAGGGAGAAAAGAAAAAUAAAUAUUGCUGCUGCAGCAGCAACAGCGGCAGCAGCAGGAAGACAGGUGGUGUCCUUUCUGCUGUCCCUCUGCUUUUUUGUGUUUUUUUAAAAGGAAUAGCUGCACACUUCUGUGCUGGAGUUGUAGAGCAAAAUAAAGUCUCCACCGGAAAGUAUUCCCCAAUGAAAAAUGAAAUUAAUCUUCAGUAAUAAAACAAAAACAGAAAGCCGCAACACUGAAACACAAACUGCAGAAUUGUUUAAAACAGAGUGGUAGUAGCAGCAGUAAUAAUAAUAAACUGAAAAUCCCAUUGAACUUAAUGGUGCCCGUUUCUGAACAUUUAUAUCCCAUGAUUAGGCUGAAAGUCGCAGAGCAUCAAGGGGUGCUUCUUGUGACAUUUGCACCACCACACCCCACGAGGCAAUCAGAGCAGCCAAGGAAGCUUUUGAGUGAAGAAAUAAGUCUGCUAGGGAACCCCUGGAAGCCAGAGCUCAACCCUAACCUUCUCUUUUUAUAUUUUCAACAGAUUUUGUUGGCACUGCGGUAAGUUCUUUGUGUCGGUGUGGCCUCGCGGCCUGGUCUGUGCUACACCUGUUAGUGGAGGCCUAGCCUAGUUCUGUCAUGUCCCUGUCCACAUAUCUGUACUGUGUUAGGAGGAGACUACCCCACUUUUUGUCUUAAGAGAGUGAGAGUGAGAGUGCGAGAGUUGAGUGUACGGACACACAUUGAUGUUCCAUGCUGUCUCACCCGUCUACCCCUCUCCUCUUUGUCUGGGGAAAUGGGAGCUACAAGUAGGCAGAUUUGCGGGCUCUUUGUGUUGCUGCAAGCCCAUGUUCCCCUGACUAUCUGUGCACAUACAGUGCUCAGGAUGUGAACCAGCCCAGGGGGGUCAUGGCACUGCGUCACUGCAGUGUAUAGCUCUCAACACUUCAAACUCAGACAUCUCCAGUCAUUGCAGCACCAACAUCUGGUCUCACUAUAUACAGCUGUGAGAUUAGGAUCUAGGCACACCCCACAUGGGCAGGUGGAAGAUCGCAAUGCCACUUCAACAACCCUCCCUGCCGUCUCUCACUCAGGGGAAACACCACCAAACCAAACUUCCCUUCUUCCAGGCUAUCACCCUGGUCACAGGCCUGUCGCCUACAGUGCUGGGCCGACAAUUCUGUAUCCUGACUUGGCGGGGUGCCCCAUAUCUCCCUGAAGGAACAACCUAAAGGGAAAACACCCUUUGGUGUCUAUCCUGCCUCACAGAGCAGAGCCCGUCCUUUAACUAAGGCAGGCUCUGGAGCACACACCCGGCAGGCUUAUCUGCUACUAAUAUAUAAGGAAGUUGGUGCCGUUUAAAAAAAAUUGGUCAUCAGAUCAUUUGCCCAGUCUCAUACGCGGACAGAAAUUAGAUUCGGAUGCAGAUUGAGUGCACACAUGCAGUCUUGCACACAGGCAAAUGCUUCUUGUUCCUUCAACUGCAUCACUUUGUUAGAGAACAGUUCAGAGUGACUUUAAUUGAGGAAGUGGGGCUAAAUUGACACCUUGAUUAUCAGGGCCUGGAAUGGUCCAUCAGCCUGGGGUUAAGACGAAGCAUAGCAACUUGAGCUGAGGGCUUGGUGGGGAUAAACAUAACUCCUUUGUUAGCAUUUGUGUACAUCACAAUUCUGUAUAACAAUUGAACUGAGUAUUGGGGCACAGAACUAAACAUUCUCAAUUUCAUUUAAAAAAAAAGAUCACCACUAAGAUUCUAGCCCAGGCUUCCUCAACCUCGGCCCUCCAGAUGUUUUUGGCCUACGACUCCCAUGAUCCCUAGCUAGCAGGAUCAGUGGUUAAGGAUAAUGGGAAUUGUAGUCUCAAAACAUCUGGAGGGCUGAGUUUGAGGAAGCCUGCUCUAGCCACUAUGGCUGUGAAGAUAAGCUUGAAAGUGCCUAGUGAAACUGACAUCUUAGAAGCUUUUGGAGUGGGGAGGGCAUCCAGGGACAACAGCCAGGGUCGCACAAACCUCCUAACCCCUCCAUGCAAAUGGCAGGAAAUCUAGCAGCUGUCAAAUCGCAUAAGGUACUAUCCACAGAAUUCAGCAUUCCUCGAUGCAGGGUUUGGGCUUAUGUUGGAUGCAGAAUUUUAGCUGUUCUCUCCACCGCUGCCACCACCGCCCGCCCCAAGCAAGAGUACAUACAGCACUCCUAUUGCCAGCUUUUGUGCAGUCUUGUUUAUAUUGGUGACGCUCUUGUGUUUUCUCCUCCGCAGAGGAUAUAAUGUAGAAGAGGCAGGGGGGCCCUUCUCUCCUUGGUAUCUGGAUUGAACUCUCUCAUCCUUCCUCCUCCCUCCCCGCCUCCCUCACUGCCUUUCCUUCGCUGCUGCCAAUGGGGGGGAAACGUCCAACUCGAAGCCUCAGAAUCUGCAGACCUCACCUGCGUGCCACUUCCGGAGACACGUCCAUCCCUCAUGAUUUGCCAGCUUUGGCCUCUGCCCCCUCUGCUGAUUGGCUGCCGAUGGAGGAGAGUGUGACACCGGUACCCCUACCCUUACCCCAAACCUACCACAUUGGGGGACGAGGCGAUGCGCACACUCCGACCUGGUGUUUCAAGGAAGUGACGCCCCUGGGACUUUUUAACACGUUCUUUUCAAAGGGAUCCCAGCCUUUCCGGGAAAAGCUUCCACGGCGUUUCCCAGUACCCUCUUUCCGAAGAACCAACCAAGAACUGGUGCCAAGACGCUACCGCUGCAACAGACUCUGCCAAGGCCACCUCCUUGCCAAGUCUCUCUCCAUUUUUAACCUUUCAGCAACUUUGCCCGCCCUCCGGCCCACGGGGGGCCGCCCGGCGCCUGAGACUGGCCCAUUUGAUACUUUUACAUGUAAAUUUAAAUUGUCUCUGAACAGGGUAAGGUGAGCCCGAAUCCCCACCCCCGUUCCCUUUGGGGAUUUCAGCCACCAGAAAACUUUUGCAUUCUCCACUCAUCCUGCCCAGGUAAUGCAGCUGUACCACGAAGGGGGGACUGGGGUGGGGUGGGAGGAUCUGGGUUGGCUAGCUGGCUUCUCUCUCCAGCCGCUGCCAUGGGGUGCGACAACAUCUCUGCCUGUAGGGUGACUCCUCUAAACACUGAAUGUAACCCUUGGGCCUGGAGAACGAGCGGAGGAAGGGGGUCGCAGCAAAGGUGGGAAGCAAAACUUCCCUCUUGCUUGCCAGCAGGGUGGGCACCUUGCCAGUUGAGUUCCGAGGUCCGUGCCAAAUAGCAUUUUCCUCGAACCUGGUGUCUGCAUGGGGUGGGGUCCAUGCUUUACUUCCCUCGCUGGAACCAGUAUUACAACACGGGAGGAGGGCGAGGCAAAGCAGGAAGUGGGUCAGAGCAGAAUUCCAGCUCCCCUAACUCGGGAUAUAAUCCCAUAGGGCAGGAGGAAUUUCUGGCUGCAGGAAUUUGUGCCCAAACCCCACCCCCACCCCGCUAUGGCAUGGUAUUCUGCGUUGUAAUUGCGAGAGGCAAAUGUCAGCAAACAACCUCACAACGCCCUCCCCACCAGAACUGUGAUCCUCCAUUCACGAUCGCCCCUGCUCUUGGUGGCAGCUGAAGACUAGGGCAGAAAUGGGUCUUCUUAGACGUUCGGACAACUGUGCCCCCACCCGCCGCCCCAACCAUCCAGACAGCAGUGUAGCAGCUAAUCCGUCCCCGCGGUUUGAGCUGAAUAGAGAGGUAGUUCCACCGGUGCAGCUAUUUUUGCCCUGUCCAGUGUAGCCAUUGAAGAACUAUAAAACACACGUCCAUGCCUCUCGCUAGCUGAAGCGGAAGCAGGCUUCAGGGCAGAGCUAGGCCUCAAACCUACCAGGAAGAGGGACCUGCAGAGAGCAGGGGUGCCCGGGUGGCGACACGGACGGACGUGCCAUUUCAGCCUGUGCAAAAGCGCCCCCUUCCUUUCACACAGCCCACCAGCAGCAGCUAUUGACAUUAUAAGGAGCCUGUAGGACCGUGAAGCGAGCUUAGAGCAGCUUCACAAAGAACCAAGGGCCUGAAAAAGCAGAAAGAAUCUGCUCUGGGCAGAGCCAGAUUGGGUCAAGAGGAAGGCGAAAAGAAAAGGAGUCUGGAUUUAAAAAAAAAAUAAUCAAAGAAAAAACCUAGAGGGAGGGCCUAAGAAAAUCCAAACGGCAUCCUGCGUAGUAGUAAAAAAGAUAAAACAAUUGACUAUUUGCCUGCCCUGUAACGGUGCUCCCAAGAUCUGUUGCUUGGGGAAGGCUGCAUCACCUUGCCUAAUGGUAGGGCCGGGCCUGAAUUAGUGGCAUGAAGGACCCGGUUGGAAACAAGCGAAAAGAGCAUGUGGGAAAGGAGUGCAUGGGCUCAAAAAGCUGGUGGGCCAUAAAGGGCCAAGGAUUGGGGGUGAGGAAAGAACAGCAGGAGGCCUGUGAAUGGAUCUCCAGCUAUUUAUAGCAACCAAGAAAGAAACCAGUUGGGACUGUGGCUCUAGUGGACGGCUAACUCUUUUCCCAAUACUAUUUUCCUGGUGACAAUUCCUCCCUCCAAAGGUGUUUUUUGUCCCGCUGAGGGAAAUUUACCUUUCCUAUAGGUAAAUUGCAGCUUUUGUGGGGGGGGUGUUGAUAUUCACCAGAAAAAUGUCACUGGAGGAAAGGGUUAAUCACCCCAGCACCCAUGAGCCCAACUGGAUGCGCCCCACCCAGCCGCUAAAAAUUAAAAUUAAAACAAAGAGUUUUAAACAAAUCACUGUGGGAAACACGGUAAGAAACCGAGGGAAGAUUCACCAGUGUGGGAGACGUAGCGCACGACGUAGCAUGGCCAUGUCACUAUGUUUGCCAAAUAAUUAACACUUAAGAGGCCACUCAAACAUUGCCAACACGGGAACCAAAAGGGUUGUGCGGUUACAUCCUGUUAUGCUCAAGUGCAAUGAUAACCAGCCAUCAAGUAUCGCGGUUUAUGCAGAAGUGCCAAAGGAACUGGCUGGCUCACCCGAGGACAUUUGACAAGCCUCUGUGGAGAGCAAACCUCCCUUCCAUGACCUCAGAAAAGCCACAGCCAAAUUAUGAGGGGAGGAAUGACAUAAAUAUAUAUAUAUAUGUGAGUUUAGCCCUUCAGAAGCCACUCUUUAAAGCGAAAGGCCUCAAUGUAAACCGAACUCCGUGGAACUAACUUCUGAGUAUCCACUGACACGAUCGGCCUUUAAAUCUCAGCUCUCUGCAACGUUAGGGAAUCUCAGCAAGAGAAAGGGACAGAGCUAAACUAGAUUAAAGGCUUGCCCAGCCAUGUAGGCCCAGGCACAUACACCCUUAAUAUUCUCAGCCCAACUUUCCCAUCGGUCGUUCUAGGAAAGUCCAAAAUAUAAUCGGUAAAGGUUAUCUGGUAGCUUGGACCGAAGGAGCGGCGUUAGCCUGCAACUCCCCAAGCCACUAGGGUUCGUGAGCAUACUGUCAGCCACCAGAGGACAUUUACCCUACGUUGGGGGGCGGCAGGGAGGGCGAGAUGUGCCCUUGCGCCCGUUACGUGACAUGUGCGGGAAGAAUGGGAUCGAUGGAAAUGGCAAGAUUGGUGGAGAAGGGAAUACAGUAGCUGUAAUAUAUAUCUGUAUUUUAGUACAAAAAAAAAGUUUGAUACAGUGUUUCACAAAACCUUAAGCGG